CGUGGUAACAAUGGCGGCGCUCUGUGAGACUUCCCCGUCACUGGAUACUACUAUUCCCAGCCCUCCUCCCGGAUGCCCAAGCCGCCCUCCGCGCUUUAGUUUACAAGUGGCAAUUUGACUUGCUCUGCUGCAUGUCUGGAGGCGCCGAGCAAAGUGUGGAGACGCCCCGGGGAUUAAGGUAUCGCAGUUUGCCAAGAAAAAAAGCCAAACAGAUAAACAAAACCCACCCGCCCUAGCAAACAUGAGGCUGCUGGAGAGAAUGAGGAAGGAAUGGUUCAUGAUCGGAAUCGUGGUGGCCAUCGCCGGAGCGAAGCUGAAGCCGUCCGUGGGAGUGAACGGGGGGCCACUGAAGCCAGAAAUAACUGUAUCCUACAUUGCUGUUGCAACAAUAUUUUUUAACAGUGGACUGUCAUUAAAAACAGAGGAGCUGACCAGUGCUUUGGUGCAUUUAAAACUGCAUCUUUUUAUUCAGAUCUUUACACUUGCAUUCUUCCCAGCAACAAUAUGGCUCUUUCUUCAGCUUUUAUCACUCACAUCCAUCAAUGAAUGGCUUUUAAAAGGUUUGCAGACAGUAGGUUGCAUGCCUCCCCCUGUGUCUUCUGCAGUGAUUUUAACCAAGGCAGUUGGUGGAAAUGAGAUGAGAUUUCCUCCAUAACCUCUAGCUGUUGGGAGACGGUCAUUCAUGAUACACAGCAAGAGAGAGAAAAGAACCAUUGGUCCAGUAGUGAUCAUGUGACAUUCGGUAUCAUGCACUGCUCCUGUUACAAGACAUCAGUCCUUUAUCAAGUUAAAAUUUAUUGGAAAUGUUUGCUUGUCUUGUGGAACAGUUACAGAACAAGUCAUGUACGCCAAAGUUUUGCUUUGUUUCAUAAAUGUUGCCCGGCAGGCACUUCUGAGGUAUAUCCCUGGCCCUUAAAUGCUUACAAUGUUUAACUUCAUGCUUAUCAAAGAUAUUUAUAGACUUGUCAGUAAUGUCUAAUUUUUCACAAGUUUUGAAAAAAAAAUUCCAGAAAUAAAAUUUAUGGAGUUCAGUUCGGUCAUGUCCUCUGAUGUGAAAUGAAUAGACCAUUUCAGACUAUAGAAGAAAAUGAUAUGCAAAGAUAAGUAAUUUCGUAUUUAAUAGUUUUCUAAAUUGUGUUAUCAGGUAACUGAAUAUAGACUUUUGUUGAAGUAAAUGUAAGAGACAAUUAAUCUUUCCUACAAUAUGUUAGAAAAAAUAAAAUCUGAGGAAGGGAGGUGGAUUUAUUAAAAGGUCCAAAAGCUGUGUUCAUGUCAGGUGCCAUUUACUAAGAGCUCUGAUUCCAUCUCUCUGUGAUGCUCAGCCUGCCUACAUAGACUGUAGUGCCUCACUGUUCACGUGUAAUUGCCCUAAAGGCCAGGUGGCUUGCCACUUGAAAGCCAAUAUUCAUAAUGUUAGAAUAGAUGGGAAGGACUCAGGUUUAUUCAAGGGCUGGGACUGUCAGAAGAUGGCUUCCAACUUCAGAGCUCCAUCUUGACAAAUUAAGAGGCUCACAGUUGUUUUCUUGCUUUUCUUUCAUUCUUCUAAUGUUUUUGUGUUGCUGGAGAUUGAACCCAGUACUGAUUUACAUUCUUCUUCCUGUUUAUUUAUUUAUGUUUUUGAGGGAGAGGGUUUCACUAAGUUGUCUAGACUGUCCUCACACUUGUGAUCAUCUUGCUAGAGCCUCCAGAAUAGCUGGGUUACAGGCAUGCUUCACUGUGCCUGGCUUCCCAGGGCUUUGUUGGAGGGAAAGGAAGUACGUAGGAAAACUUUCUCUGGGCAGGGUCUUCAUCAGUGCUUCCCCCACCCCAGCUUCUCCUCAGAACAUUGCUAUCACCUUGACUUCCUGGAGUAGUCCCUGUGUUUCUUUAAGUGGAUGUACUGCUUUGUACACAGCAACUUAUAUCUUUUGUCUUAGUUGUUAACAAACAAGUGCACUCCGUACAGUGAGAGUAGGCUGGUGAACAGACUCAGAGAAGCCCUGAGGAUAAAGGGAAAGAGGCUUUUGUAUCUGGACUUCCUGGAUUGGCUUUUCCCUCAUGCAAAUAAGGCAUGUGACAGUUUUCUGAUUAAAAAUAUUUACUUGGGCUGCUGCCAGAUUUAAAUAAUUCUAUUGAAGACUUGCUUUGUUUUGUGUCAGAUGAAAUGAAGAGUGGAAAAUAGCAUUUUUCUGAUUGAUUUUGUGAACAGUGCUCAGGAACUGCAGAGGCAUCCUGGAUCCUGUAUUCUGAGCAUGUGCUCUGGUCUCCAUGACUUUGACAGAUUUUUUUCCCAGUUGUUUAACUGGUUUGUCCUAGCUCUAAUGAGUUACCCCUGCGAGGCAUAAUACCCAUAAUUUGUUAUGGAAUACUGAAAAAGUGGAGGUCUCUAUUUUUUUAUAGCUGCUUCCUGCUGAAUGAGGCUGAAGGUCCUACCUGCUGGAAAUUAUGUGCUCUUAACUACCUUGGGAUGUUGAGCUUAACAGCUAGGCUGGAAAGAACCUGUCAGAAGACAAUAAAAGAAUUAGUACCUAUAUGUCAAGAAUUGUUAAGCUGUCUGUUCGGUGGGAGAAAGCUAGGUGAAUUUGUUAGGAGAAUCAUGGGUUAUAGUCUGAAUCAUCACCUGAAGCUGUGAAUAAAUAAACUUUACUCUUAAGUUGAGUAAGCAUUGGCCAAAUAUGAGAAGGAACAAGACAGAUACUGUGUUGUCUAUCUUAAAAGGUGGACUAUGACAGAUUCAUCAAUUAGACAUGUUAUCUUUUGUGUUAUUAUUUGGGAGCAGUUUUUAAAGGGAGUUUAUUUCCAUGCUUCCUUUGGAGAGGAAAGCAUGGUAAAGAGGGAUAUUAGAUAAACUACCAGGAGCCUGAGAGCUGGGACCCCAGCAAGAUUGCCCACAUUAUGAAUCCAGUUGAAAGGAGUCUCAGAAUGGAUUUCCAUUUAAAGCUGUGAUGCAUUUGUGGUCAUUAGUGAUUCUGCUUCUCUGCAUUUGGAGCAAUACUGAAGGUUUGCUUUUUGAAAAGGAGCCUCAGAUCUUCCAGAGGAUCACAGUAGUUGUUUGUUUGUUUGUUUUUGUGUGGUCCUUCACCUGAGACAGUUCAGGUAGGGCCAACUUUAUCUUAGAAGGGUAAGUCCAGCUACCUGUUUUUGCCUCCUUUACUGCAGUGGGUUUGGCAAGGAUCUCUGAAAGGGAACUCCUUUCAUUUUGGCUUUAAUUGAUCUUUUAAAAUUUUAAUGAGCACUGUUCUCCAGGGCAUACACUAGGUGGUCCUCUGGGCCAGGAGCUGGCAGGACUUUGGUUCCAUAUGGCUAGAUAGCUUAUUUUACGUGGCCCAGACUGAUUAGGUGCCAUAAGAGCCUUUUGGUCUCUGGGCCCACUAACAUACCAGGAUAUGAAAAAGCCUCCCAUUUAGCGUCUCAAAUGGACUCAUUUAACCCAGCUUUUGGGGGUAUUUUGGAUCUUCAGGAGAGUUAUUGGCAAUCAUUAGAUCCAAGACCCAGAAGUUUCUUGGGAAAGUUUUGCCAGAGUUUGUUUUACAGUGUGGUUGGCUCUUAACCUUUCCAGAAGAUUUAUGAAACCAUGCCAAAUGUUAAUGGUAUUUUUUUCCUAAAGCCUUUGUCACCUUCUGAGUUACUUGAGAGGGAAAAAAGAAGGCCCAUUCUCACUCUGAAAGGACUGGGAUAGUCCAAAUCUGAGGGUAAUUUUUUUCAGAAGUGCCUUGACUACCUCUAUAACCUUUUCUGAGUGUGUAGGAAAGGCUUUAAUCCAGUCUCUAAAGGUGUCAGUUAGGACCAACAUCUGUUUAAAUCCUCUACAUGAUGGUACGUGGGUAAAGUCUAAUUGCCAGUUCUCUCCAGGGUAUGGUCCUCUCCCCUUAUAGAUUCUAACAAGGGAAAUGGUCAGGACUUCCCAGGGUUAGUGGAGGCAAGGUUAGAGUGGGCAGGUGAUGGCUGCUAGUCUUGGUCCUGUGGAAAUCUGAGUGACCAUUUCCCAUGUAGCUUCUCUUUUCAUAUGGAAAGGGUCCUGAAAGAUUUUUUUAAUACCUUUUCAUUGUGUCCCUUGAGGAAGAGCUAGUUUGUUUUUCAAAUACCAUCAAAGUUUUUAAUUCCUCCUUGUAAUAAGGCCCACUGAUCAUCCUGGGGGGUAUAGGCUGAUUUUAUUGGUUCCUUAGGAACUGGGAAUAAGGCUGGGUCCAGAGGAGCUAACGGCUGCCUUUUUGCCCCUCUGUCAGCCUUUUGUUUUCCCAAGGAGACUUUAGACAUGUCCCUUUGGUGUCCUUUGCAAUGAAUGACAGUGACCUGCCUGUGAAGAUAGACUGCCUCCAAGAGUUUCUUGUUGUGCCUUAUGGAUUGGUUAUUAGUUAGCCCCUUUCUUUAUAGACUGUUGAGUGGGCAUAUUGUCACACCAGAGAAGCAUAUUUGGAACUUGUGAAAUAUUUAGUGUCUUGCAUUUUUCUGGUAUCAAUAUCUGAGUAAGAGCUGUGAGCUGUUAGUAGAAGUUCUGGAGAAGGGGUUUGACGUCAGGGACCUGCUGUGAAUUAGCAUCUACAUACCCUGCCUUUUGCUGUCUUUCUUGGAAAAAUGUCCAUUCUUUCUCCACUGUCCAUUCUUGGAGGAGCACAUGACUUAUGCUCUGCCUGCUUGUGUCCUCCAGAAAAUCACCUGUUCACAAGAGAGGAUAACCUGUGAGUCUAGAGGCAUCAGAGUCAGGAUUAAGAGAGUGCAAGUUUUUUUGAAAUCUCAGAAGCAUGGGCUGGUACUUGGUAAGCUGUUCCCGUUAUCCACAAAUAACUUGUCUCAAGAAUAGGCCUGACCUGAUGAGGAGUCAGGACUUCCAGUUUUUGUCCUGAAGUUUGUUUUGUGGCUUCUUCUGUUAGCAUAACUGUAACUGCCAUUACCCUCAGGCAGGUGGCUAUGGAACAGCUACUAUGUCUUACUUUUUGAAAAGUAUUUCACUGGGUGGAGUUUCUGCUCCAGCAGUCUUCAAGUCAAAGCACUAAGAGCAAUUUCUUUCUUUUCUGAUAUAUAGAGGAAGGAAAAUUUGCUUCAGUCAGGUAUUUCUAGCUCAGAAGCCUGAGUGAGGGCAUGUUUUAUUUAUUCCUUGAAGAGCACUGUUUGUCACAAUUGUCCAUCUAAGGGCUCAGACUGAGGACCUUUAACAGGUACAUUCAGAAGCUUUGCCAUUUGUCCAAUAUUCAGUAUACAGAUUUGGCAGAAGCCAGCCAUUCCAAGGGAGGAAUGAAGCUGUAUACAGGCUAUACAGAUAGCUGUAUAGAUGUGUAUCUUUAGACAGUUAUAAUUCCCUGAGUAUAGAAAUGUAUCUAAGUAUUGGAUUCUGAAUAUAGAGCCUUUUCUUUUGACACUUAUUUCCAUUUUUAGCUAGAAAAUACUGUGAAUAGUCUCGUGGUUGGAUAACUCCCAAGUUGCGCUGCAGAUCAGAAUAUCAUCGGCAUACUGUAUGCAUACUCUAGAUUCCUUAAAUUCUUUUCCAGUGGCUGAGCAAAAAGGUAGAGCUACCUCUGAAGUCCUAUGUGAGAACUAUCAAACUAUACUGUUUUUUUCUUUGAGAUGGGAUUUUUCCACUUAAAGGCAGAUUGGAACUGUGAAUCUGGAUGGAGAGGAAUAGAAAGGAAAGCAUCUUUGAGAUCCAAGAUUGUCAACCAAUUUCUGUCCCAUAGAAUCUGGGAGAGGUUGGUAUAAGGAUCUACCACUAGAAGGUGGAUUGGCAUUAUGGCCUUGUUCACAAGGCCAAGGUCAUUUACCAGCUGAAGAUGUUAUUAUGGGGGACAGGGCUAGCGCAAGAGGACUGACAAGGCCUCAGGAGGCCAUGCUUGAGAAACUGGCUGUGAGAGGCAGGAGCGCUUCAUGGGUCUCUUUGAUUGGAUAUUCUUUUCCGUUGGAAAGUUUAUAACUAGCAACUCUGCUGAAUUUGCCCAGGUAAUCUGUUUAACCAUACAGCGGGAUCCACCUAUUGACUAAUUAGGUGAAGGAGGUCUGGUAUAAUCUUAGCAGAUAAAAUUUGCUGUAGUCUUUCCCGGAAUUGGAGAACUACUCCAAAUUUUGCUAGUAAAUCUCUUCAUAGUAAGGGAGUGAGGCAUGGUUGAAAUUUGACCUUUAAACUGACAGAUCAAAGCAGAAGCAAAGAAGCUCUGACUAGUGUUUCCCCCCUCCCCAUUAUGGCUACAGAUUUAGAGAAGGGUUUUUCAGAAAGGGAAGUUGCAGCAGAGUAAGCUGCUCCUGUAUCCAAAAGGAAUUGAGUUUGUUCCCCCGGGAGUCCCAUCCAGGAUCACCCAGGGGUCCCUGCAGGAGAUGGAGAUGCCUGUGGGCAAGAGUGUUGCAGUUUGCCUGGCCCCUUGAAUCUUAUUCGUUAGAGCAAGAGUGGGAGUUUUGGCUGGCCUACUCUGUCUGUCUGUCUGUCUGUCUGUCUGUCUCUCUGUCUCUCUCUCUCUCUCUGUUUCUCUGUCUCUCUGUCUGUCUGUCUGUCUCUCUCUCUCUCUUGAAUAGUCAGUCCUCCAGUGCCUUUAAUCAGUCAUCUCAGCGGUUGACAAAUGGAACAAGGAUUUUCCCUGCCUUUCCCUGAAAAGACCUAACUAAAGAACAGUAUUGUAAUUUAGUAUACGAUUCUGUAUCCUUUUUUUGCUGUCUCUUAGUUCAUAUUCGAUCUACACAGUAUUUGAAUAAAACUCACUUUUUACUCAGAUCGUCAAGGUUAAACUAGUUUCAGUUUUUAAGGAUAUAGCUUAUUAGUCAGUGGGAUCUACAUUUCUUGGGGCCCUUGGAGAGAAAGAAACUAGGUCUGGGGUCUUUAUGAGAGUCUUCCCGUAGAAGGACAGAGACCUGUUGAGCUCUGAGACACCUGCCAUGAAACUCAAAGAUGCACUGCCAGAUAUCUCUGUCAAAGCAAGUGACAGCGACACUGGUGCCCUUUUUUUGUUAGACCUCUCCUUAGCCCACUAUGUAGCCCCCUUUGACUCCUUCAAGACCAGAGUGAAGCCUCCUACUGGCUCCAUCCAACUACUUGAGAAGCAGUAUCUCUCCCAUUUAUCCCAAUUAAAAAACAAGCAACAACAAUAACAAACUUUAGUAAUUAUUCUUUAAGGGAAAAGAAAUAGAAUCCUAGUCUUCAGCAUUUAAGAAAAAGCCUUGGAAAGUUCCAAGUACAAAGACUAUUGCUCAAGUCAAAAAAGUAAGAAGGGUAGACAUAAGAUGUACAGUCUACUUUUAUCUUGGUGUUAUUUUUCCUCCUCCUUCCCCUCCUCCUCCUUUGCUGCCCCUGACCUCCCCUCUACUCCUUCUUUUUCUUAUGGUGGUGCCGGCCAUCAAAUGGAUACUAAGUUAAGUGCUAUAUCACUGAGCUACAUAUUUAACCCUGAGUGUUUCUUUUGCAAGUUUAGAGGAUUCGGCUAAAAGCUGUUUCCUAAAAAUGUGAAGUGAGUAUCAGGUCUUUUUUCCUGAAUAAUGUUGUGCAGUUAUAUAACAAAAUUUUGAGAGUCUAGUAUCAAAACAGAUAGGAGAGAAAUACAAUUAAGGAUUUCUGUCUUCAAAUCUGUAAACAAAAAAAGGAAAAGAAAAGAAGCAAUUAAAAUUUUAAUAGCUUAAAACAAGGACAAUUUAGGAAAAAUUCUCUUUGGAGCUAGGAGUUGCAUUUGUGUUAAACUCUGUUAUCUGUGUUUAAAGCUAAGCCUGGCAAUUGAAGCCAUGAAAAUAGGCACCUUUAUCACGUAUAACAGUGAACUGAUGAUAGGCCUGUUAUUUAGAUCUGCUCAUUUUUUUUCCCCCUCAAAAUGAACUUCAUGGAUCCCUUGCAUGAGUAUUAUUACCUGUGUGUAUUCAAGAAAUAGACUUAAUUUCUUUGUAUCCACCUUAUGCCUACUGAAAGUGUCUAGUGGUGAAGUUUAGGUCUCUUUUUCAAACACAAGAAAUCUGUUAGUCUAUGAUGGAAAGAUAGGUUAACCGCAUAUGGCCAUUGUAAAGCACUGUAGAGUCUUUUGUGCCCACCAUCCAACUUUAGGAAUAGAGUGCAGUUAAACAUUCAUUUUCCUUAAGACAUCAUUUUUUUUUUAUCAUAAGGAAUUGGAAGGAGCUUAAGGUCUUGUAGGGAAGAAAAAGUAAUCAGCUUACUCGUUUUGUCAUCUGUAACAAAAGACGAGUGAACAAGAGGAAAGCACAAUGAAUUUGUUUUUACUCAAGUUUUAUAUGGCAUGGGCAGCUUCAGAAAUGAGGAUUCAAAGUCUCAGAGAAAACCGUAUUUUUAUUCUGUCUCAUGAAAAAAGUGGACAGUUAUGGAGAAACAUUAUUAGGCAAAAGGAAGUGUGGCCUAAUGGGAGUAAAUGGUGCGGGGUCAGCAAGGUCUGUGUUCACAGUCAUUUCUGUCUUUGUAAGACAUCUCUUUCUCCCAAACCUCCAGGUUUGGGCAGGACACCUGUCAUAAGAGGAUCUUUAGGGGACCCUAAAAGAGACUAGAGCGUGAUCUAGGGUCUCUGAUCUUGAGAUGGGGCAGGGUGGGGAGAAGGAUAGGGCGUCAGAAAACCGCUUCUUGGUUCUGAGACCCUCUUCUCAGCUUUAGCUCAGACUCGGUUGCUAAGGGGCUGUACUCAGGGUAUUGUCUUCUGAGUGCCAGCAAUCUGUGCUUGCCUUUGCGAAGCCUGCAGUUAGUGUGAUCUUAUACUACUCAAAACCUGUUUCAUGUUGUAAAUUUCUCAAAACUAAAAAAAGCAGAGUGAAAUUGUUUUACUUGGCUUUUUUUUUUUGUACUGGGACUUGAACUCAGGGCCUCGUGCUUGCCACAUCCCCAGCCCUUACAUUGGCCUGUGUCAUUACUGUUUUAAUGUACAGAAAGACCCCAAAACACACCUGGGUGGAUUACAUCUCACUUACUUUAGGAAUCUGAACUGCGUUUGCUAGUUGGAGGCGUUACCCUAGGAUUCAGACAACGUGCUUAUUUUAAUAUGAAAAUAACAACUGGGCCGGUAUUUUAAUUAUAUUUUAUGUAUCAGGUAGUUUAGCAUUCCUUGAUAGUCAUGGUGAAUUUCACGUAUGUUUUAAUGAAACAUUUUGAUUUUUGGCAUAGAAGAAAGGUAACAAGCACAAGUGUACAUGUGUGUGCGUGUCUGUUUAGGCUCAUCAGUAGAGUUGGGGACCAAGUCUGUUCAAAGAAAAUAUAAGAAUAUCUCUUGAGCAAAGAAACUUAUUACAUGUGGUAAACUUUAUGUCACAGAUGAAGGUCAUGGCAUCCUGAGUGUAUUUGAAAAAGGUUUUAUUGUCUGCUUAGAAAGCAGAUGAAGCACUCUUCACUAGCUUUAAAAGUACAGCUGUGAGAGUUUUGCCAAAGGUGAAAGAUCAAGAUCAUCACAGUCCAAAUGGAGAGUGGAAGCUCAAUUUCUGGCUUAUCAGCAAGGCAUGAAGCAUUUCAGGGUGGUUUUGCAUUAUCAGUGGGGAGCUGGUCUUGCUAAUCCAGUGCACGAAGAUAAAAUUCAUUGAAACAUUUAUAAAGGCAGGUAGAGUGGAUGGAAUCAGCAGAGAGGAGGACUUGGAGCAGGAAGGAAACCCGAUCUGUCAGUCACUGUCUCCUUCCGCAGUCACUUAGCCUUUCUCUUCCUCGCUUUUUCUUGUUAAAUGGGGUUACUGCUUUCACUUGUAGUGGAGGGUUAAUGGCAUCCUGGAGAAAUCUUCUGUCUGAAAAAUACUGGUAGCCUUGAGCCUUCUUCCAAGCUGGCAGCUGUGUAUUUGUCAGCUUCCAGCCUCAUGCGCUCUCUAGGAAACCGUAACAGUUUUCUUUGACAGAUGAAAACAGGAGUAGCGGUAAGAGCAGCACAAAAUUCUCUGCCCUGCUCUUCUUCCAUCCCUACCUCGACUUCAACCUCUGGGUCUUCUGGGUUGAGGGAGAGUUGACUGUGUUAAGUGGCUGAAAAACUUAUUGAAACAUACAGAUCUUUCUCAAGAUUUUUGUGUGUAACUAGAAUUUUUUCAUUUAACCCUAAUGCCUUUCAGUUUGUCUUCCAUUUCUACUUUCUAAUCUUAAUGGUUAGCAAUAGUUUCUAAUCCCUGAGUCCCACAGCCAAUUCUCAGUUCUCAUCCUUUAAGACUUUACUGUAGCUUUUGACACCAUGAUCACUUGCCUCUAGCUUCCUUCUGUUUCCCUAAUACUGUUGUCUCCUAAUUUUCUUUCUGCCUCUUACCAUUUUUCUUCUUUGGCUUUUUUCCCUGUCCAACAUUGUUUUGUCCUCUAUAAGUCCUUUUCUCUAUCACUAAAGCCAAGUGACCCCUCUAUUCAGAUCCAACCAUGCCUCAGAUAUUCUAAUAUUGGGUGAGAAGCAUUUAAGGAAUUCCAGUUUAAAACGUGGCACAGUGUUACUACCCCGUUGCUGUCAUCACAUCACGCUGAGCCUAGAUAGCUUUGCCUUGGAAUUAAACUAUGUGUUUAGUAUAAUAUUUAUAUAUCAAUUUCUAGCACUGCUUCCCAGGGUCUCAGGGUUUGUAUGCAGAAUUACCUGCUAAUUGUGGGGGAACAUAUCAAGCAGCCAUCACUAUUAUCAAGGCAGUGACUUGUUACUGAUGAAAUCACUGGAUUUUCUGAGUAAUUAUCAUUGCUUUGUGAAGAAUUUAAUCUUAAAAUGAAUUCACUGAUGUGCUUACUUCAUCCACUGAUUUAAACAUACGGGUUGAGUGCUUAUUAGCAAUUGCUAUAUGUAGUACAUUUAUAGAAUUUUAGGUUUAGUAAGCAAUAUGAAACAGUAAAUUAUAGUAAAAGGUAGAUGAUUGAUGUUUAAAUAAAUAGCUGGAUAACCCCUGUUUAUUGCUUUAUAGUACAGAUUCUCUUCAGUAUUGUUAUAGUCCCUUUUAUAAUGUGGUAUACUUAUGUCAGAUAUCCAAGGUAAGCUUCUGAGAAGGAAAGGGCAUAGGAAGCCAAUUAAAAGUUUUAGAGCAUGGAAACAGAUGAGUGGAAUUGAAUAGAUUUACAGGAUAUUUCUCCUACUAUACGCCUAAAAAACCUUCCUACCUGCUUGCCAGAAAAGAAAUCACAAAAAUUGUCAGAUGCCAGAUCUCCCUUAAACAGCUUUCUAUAACGUUGAGAUUUCGUUAUUGAUUUAAUUCUCUUUUUUCAUUAUCAGAAUGUGUGUGCACAUGGCUAAUAAAACAUUUUUUUUUAGAAUUUGGUUUAUUUUUGAUUCGUUGUAUUUUAAGCAUUAGACUUCCUUUGAAAAGAGACUGGGUUUGUAAGUGGUUUGAAAAAGCAUUAAGAACACAUUUAAAAUUUUAAUCUUACCUAAUUAGUAUGCAUAUUUUUGUUUCUUAUUAUAGAAACUUGAUUAUUUUUACUUUUAUUUACAAAUUUGUUUAUUUGUUGGAGACAAGAUUUUGCUGUUUAGUUUCAGCUGCCCUUAAACUCAGUACAACCCAGGCUGGCCUUGAACUCCCAGCAAGCCUCUUGCCUCAGGCUCUUGAGUGCAAGAAUUAUAGCCGUGUGCCACCACACCCGGCUAUUUUCACAUUUCUGCAUAUACCUUCUUUAGUUUCUGUGGCAUACGUCUGCACUGAUUACCUGCCAGUUACUCCUGUAUUUAUGUAUAUUUAUGAAGUCAUUACUGUUGGAGGUAGGGAAAGUUGUUCUUAAUAAUUACAGAAUUAUGGAGGAUUGGAAAUGUCAGUAAAUUAAAGUUCAGAAGACAGCUUUUUCUCUUCAUCCCUAACUCUUUUUUUUAAAAUUUUUAUUUUGAGAUUGUUUUCUUUUUUGACUUUUUAAUCAGUUAUGUGUCAGAAGAGUUGUUUUAAAUGAACAUAUUUUGAAAAAGCAGCACAUCUUGGUGAAUAUGAUGUACUUUAUCAUAUUAACUAUAGAUCUUUAUGCUUCCUCAACUUACGUUCCUUAUUAGAUUGUAUGCUUCCUAAAAGGGUAUUAUACAAUGCAUGUAUUUUUAUGUGAAGGUGCUUGACAUCUGUCAAUCUCUUUGUAAAGAACCUGGAUAAAGUAGAGAUAGGUUAAAGGAAUCAGGAUUAAUCCUUACUGCUUUGCUGCAAACUUUGCAAAUGAUCCUUUUAAACUGUACUUAUUUAGGAGCACAUCAGGCUAUGCUUUGUAAGUCAUUUAAUGAGACCAUCUUGCAAUAAAGAUGUUUAAGAUUUUCAAGUAGAUUACUCAUGGCUAAGAACAUUUGGGUCCAAAGUAAUGGUUUUACAUAUUGAGUGAGUUUGAACUGUGUUUUAAUUAAUUGCCAAGAGAUUGAACUGCAAGGCCCUUCCUAAUGAGUAAUUUUUGUUUUUAUUUUUAUUUUUAAACAUAUCCCAUAGGUAGAAGCCAAAAAGCUUCCUGAAAACUACUCUUCAAUGUGUUCUCUCUCUCUCCUCUCUCUCUGUCUCAUUUUCUCUCUCUCUCAUUUUCUCUCUCUCUCUCUCUGUAUUUUUAAGACAAGAACUAGCUAUGUAGUUCAGACUAUCAUUGAAUUCUCUGUGUAGCCCAGACUGGCCUCAGUGAUCCUCCUGCCUCAGCCUCCCAAAGGUUGGGAUGACAGUUUUGCCACCACACCUAGCUCCUUUCAUAUCCCCAGCCCUGCCUUUCUUCUUUUUUUCCUUUCCUUUUCCUUUCUUUUUUUCUCUUUUAGAAAAAAAAAAAAUCCCAAUUUAUUUUGAGAAGCACAGCUUGAAGAACCCCAAACUUCAUUGGAAAUCUCUUCUCAUAUUACCUCGUGUCAGCUGGCUCCUUUGAUCUUCUGCACAGAUGGAUUACUGACUGUCCUCUUACACUUUCAGACAGUUCCUUUGCUGUUGGCCUCACACAACUUUGAAAACCGUGUCUUCCUAAUGAAUUGUUUUGCUCCCUGUGGUCAGUUCAUUCUAGUUUGCUGCUCCUAUGACAGUGACUUUCAUAUCCCCCGGGACAGUAAGGAAGCCCCUCCCCAUCAGUGUAGGUCCAGUUCCAGUACCAGCUCCCUCCCCGGAAGCCUCAGCAGAUGCUCGCUGAGAAUUAACCUUUUCUUCCUUCCACAACACACUGCUCUUUUUGUAUUUCUGUUGUGACAUUCACCUGAAAUGAGACAUUUUCAUGUGUAUUUGACUCAACAAACCAAUUUUUGAAUUUCUUCACGGGGCUGGUUUUCUUUGUGUUCCCUAAUGCAGGACCAGAAUAUCCGUAGUAAAAAUGGUAAAGGAGCACCUGGGAGCUACAGAAUGAUCCCAACUCCUCUUAAUCAUGUCAAGUCCUAUAGAAUGCUUCCAAACAAUGAUGGAGUCCCUUACACUGAAUUAAUUUCAAAGCUGUGUGUUAUCAUCUCUCUUUUAAGACUUGUUCUCAUGCAUUUACCGUGCCAGAAUAAACAGAUAGAUUUAGCAGUGUCAUAGAUGAGAUGUAUUUUCUCAUUUAUGCAAGUUCACUUUAGUGAGCCUGUUGUGGGAAUCAUUCAGAGUUGAUGCUCAAAAGCAUUUCUCACUUAAUGAUUUUUCAAAUACUGAACUUGAGACAACAUUAUUAAAAAGCUCAAACAGGCUUGAAAAUGGUGUACUUUCUCAAGAAGGCAGACUAUGAUGUUUAAAUUCUGAAAGACCAGUCUGAGGAACUUCCUACAUGAUGUAAAGCAUAUUUAUAUGUUUCUAUAUACAAAUUAUUUUUUGAGUCGGUCAGCCUUGAAAGAUGCUUUUCUAUUCAUGUGGUUUUUCUUACCAAGAACAGCAAAGACUGAUGCACAUUAGGUCUCAUUUGAGUUUACAGUAAGUCUUGGUCAACAUAACCCAUCUUAAAUACUCAUGGUAUUUGUGCAGUGAAGUUGUUGGCAUGUUAUUUUUGUGGUUGUUCUUUCCAGUUUUAGUAUUUCUAGUUCCCCAGUGAAGGUUUAAUUGCCAACUACCUUUUGUGUGUUUGUGCACUUGUUGUUUUAUGGAUUGGGUCUAAAAGGUGUCUCGAGCAUCUCAUGUGUUCAUAGGGGGGCUUUUGGAAGGUGCUUGGGUUGUAGGGCACUGUGUCAGUGGAUUAACUCACUGGGAGGUUCAUAGCUGAAUGUGAAACAGACAGACAGUGGGGUGGUGACCUGGCAGUGUGUAUUCUUGUCCUUGGAUCCUCCCCUCCUGUUCUUGGCUGCUAUGGUUUGAGAGCUGUCUCCUGGCAGGUCCUUCCACCAUGCUGUUUCUGCUUUGGGGCCAGUCAGUGACUGAAACCUCUGAAACUAUGAGCCAAAAUAAACCUCUCAUCCUUUAAAUCAUGGGUAUUGACUAAUGACUAAUCUAGUGGUAUAUAAUGAGAAAUGACUAAUGACUAAUAUAGUGGUAUAUAAUAUUUUUAUGUAAAAAAUGAGAAUUACCAUUCUUUGGUUGUCAAUAGACACAUAAAUCAAUUCAUUUGAUAUUGUAUUGUUGUGGUUGAUUAAAAAAGUAUGUUUCUUGGAUGAAGUAUGUAAUUCUUUUUAAAAAUCUUGUAUGUUCAAGUUAUGUUUGAAAAUAUAUCGAAGGGUAAAAAUCCAAUUUAAGAAAUAGUUUGCCUGUGGCUGAUGAAGAACUUCAAGCUCUAUUCAUUGUAAAUUGGUUGUCAAUAGGGGAGAAAGCAAGUUAAUUGACUGAGAAGCUUGUUUGCUAAAUCAAGGAGCCUCAUAUUGGUUGAGAAAAGCCUAAUCUUAGCUUUUAUGAAGCCCCCUAGAAAUAGGAGAUAAUGCUAGCAUUUUCCUGUACUUUCUGAAUUUCUAGCUUGGAAGGAAAUAAAAAGUAGAGCAAGAUGAUGGAAUAAGUCAGGACUGCCAACGUGCAAUUCCAGAGGUACUUUAACUUUGGGAGACACUUUUCUUGCCCCAAGUGAAUUUAGUGAGCUGCUGACAUGCACAGCAAGAGAGGACGCUGCCCUCACCGCAGGGUGCCUACUGUUCUUGCCUCAUCUCAGCCUUGUUCUCUAUGCUUUUCACCUCCAAUUCCUCUAGUUCCUCUGCCAAGCUUUUGACAUAGUGCAGUACUAUUAUUAUCCCCAUUUUACAGAUGAGAAAACUGACACAAAAGUGUCCAAGAGGUUAAGAAAGAGAAAGUGAAAGAAAGAGUGAGAAUGUGAGCUCAGGCUCCCUGGCCUCAAAGCCUGUGCUCUUUACCUUUUUUCUCCUCCGUCUUCAAAUUAAGCCUGGAAGUAGGAGAGACAGUGCUAAAACUCUCUAUCCACAGGUGAACUGUCUUAGUGAGAAUAAAAGUUGCCCUGAGAAUAGAGCCAAAUGCCUGUAACUUGCUAAGAAACAAUCUCUAGGAAGUUGUAAGCUUGGUAUUCUGUUUGACUGGAAGCUUCCCUUAAAGAAGCUUUAUCCAUCUCUCCACCGCUGUCCUGUGGCUGUUACCCUAUCAAGGCGUCUCCAGUGCAAAUGUCGUAGAGGACUUUCAGUAGAUAGCAUGGAAUGUGUGCUUCAUAUUCACUGUUAUAUCUUCAGCUGGUACAGUGUAUGACAUAUAUCAGGAGCACAGUAAACAUAUUUGAAUAAAUGAAUAUUUUAAAAGAACUUUGUUUAAAUCCAGCUCUGUAUGUGUCUUGAUUUAAUAUCUAGUAUUAAGACAGUAAUUCUUACUCAGUUAAUACUUUGUCUUUUGUUAAACUUUUAUAGAAAAAUCAUGAUACAAAAUUGGCUAUAUCUUGUAAUAUUUAGUUUUUCUCAAUUAUUCAUAUUCAUUUUGCUUUGUCCUUUGCGGCAACCCUCCAGAAUGACUAAAGUAAAACCUGGAAGAAAAUAAGAAUCUAAUGUAUGAAUGGAAAUAAGAAACUUCUAUAUGGUUGGUGUAGCCUGGAAAAAAAUGAAAGACUUCUAUAGGACUCAUUGUGCACUUUCAAAUCUAUUAAGUGAUGAAAAGAAUACACAAAAGUGUUACCAUCCACAUGGAACCUUUAAUCUGUUUCCUUCCAUUUGUAAUUUUGGAUAAUCAUAAACUCAUCUACUCAAGUAAAUAUAUGGAAAAAAUAAUUCAACCGUUGGAAGACAUUGGUAUACACUUAAUAGCUACAGUAUUUUUAAAAUAAAUGGUGAUUUCUUUAUGGAUAUUUCAGGGUAUAUAAGAUUAAAAUGUAUAUAAGAAUACUUUUUAAAAACUCAUCUAUUAUGACAAAAAAUUUGAAAUUAUUGUGCAUAUGUAAUGAAAUGCUUCUAUCUACAUUUUCUUGAACUUUCUAACUUAUGAAGUAGAUAGGACUCGUAUUAUAUUAUUCUGAUUUUGUAGUUGGGCAUAUUAGGGCUGAGAGGUGAGGUGAUUUGUUGAAAGUCCACAGGUGGGAGAUCUGGUUUCUGUAGGACACUUUCAUUCCAGUAUUACCUUACCUCAUGCAAAAUCAACAAAGUUCCAAAAGGUCUUGUGUUAGUUUCACAUUAAAGGUGAGUGGUUUGCCAUUUGUCUGAAGGCUGGAUGUCAGUGUAGUGUGAACAUAAGGGCAUUGUAAUUCCAGGGUAGUGUAGUUACAGAGCAGUACAAAAUUUCAGGGAAAGAGAUGGCGAGGCGAUUGUGUGUCUCUUUCAGGAACUUCCAUUCCCUGUAGGAUGAGAAACUGAAAGCAAAGCUGAGUUUUCCUUUUGUGCCUCAGACAUGAGGAAGUUAUUCUUUAGUUUUGUUUCCACAGUAGUGAGGAAUGAGAAGCUUCGGUUAGGUUGGUAAUGAAAUGGGCAAAUUGGCAGGAACGUUAGAGAUGGGUAUGGCAGCAAACAGGGUACGUGGUGUGGGGAGUCCAGGGAAGGUCUCUGGGCGUGAGUCAAGCACAGCUUAGAAGGUUCGUUCUUAGAAGUAAGGCUCUCCUGGUUCUCUGUCAGUGGUUAGGACAUUUUGGGGGAAGGCCACCAAGGUAGGGUCAUGACGGCAGACUUGCUGGAACACCUGAGAGUACAGGUCUGAUGGAGGGGACACUGCUCACAAAUUGUACCCUAGUGGCCUGAUCAGUGGCAUAACUUUGCAAGCAGGAGAGCACAUGGCUAAGGAAGCAAUUGCACUUUGGCUGGCAGCAGAACUGAGAAGUUGCUUCCCUGUACUGACUUGGAGGCAAAAUUACUGCUUUGCUGCGCCACAUAGAUAUAAAAUAUGGAUGGAAUCACCAAACAUCUGGGUGGUGUGAGUGGGACAAGGGCAUCGUACAGCUCUGUGUGUUCUGCAUCAUGGCAGUGACACAGGUGGAGAGGAGAUUCUGUGUCUGUUUCAUGAUCUUCCAUUCCUUGUGGGAUGAGAAGCUGAUAGCAAAGCUGAGGUUUCUUUCUGUGUCUCAAACAUGAGGGAGCCCUUGUCUUUAGUUUGUUUUGGUAUCAGAGAUCCAGACUUUACCAGGAAGUCCAUCCCACCCAGGAGCAUAACCCUAAAAAUAUCCUGGUCAAGCAAAUGUAUCUGAAAUUAAGAUACUAUGUCCUUUUUUUCCUUUAUAUGCUUCAGUUGCUAGGAAUGGUGGUACGUUCCUGUAAUCCUAGCUACUUGGGAGACUGAGGCAGGAGGAUUGCAAGUUUAACCUCUCCACUCCACGGACAAUUUAGUUAAAAUGUGCCUCAAACAAUAGCAACAACAAAAGGUCCUGAGUUUAAUCUAUAGUACUGAAAAAUAGGGCCCCAGGUUUAUUUUGCCUGAUAAGCGCAAGGUCAUGAGUUUGAUUCUCGGUACCAAAAAAAAAAAAAAUCUUUAGUACUGAAAAAUAGAAAACAAACAAACAAUCUUCAACAUAUGCAAUUACCUGAAAUGUUAGAAACUCAGUAUAUAUCCACUCUUCCCCACCCUCUGAACCUCUGUUAUUUAGGUUAUACAAAAUAUUUUCUGGAAGUACACAUGUGUUUCUCAGUGUCAUCUUGUUAAAUGAUUAACGUUUCUGAACAUGAUUUGUGAAUGACAAAACAUUGUACAAUUAUGUUAUUGCUAUUAGAAGACUGACUCUUAAAAGGUUAGUGAUUAGAAAGUCUGUUGGAUGUGGUUAAUUGGUGAUAAAUUAAUCAUUGCUCUCUUAUCAUCGCAGUUGUAUGACCUAGUUUCUGAGUGAGUAUUGGAUUGUUUUAUUGGAUAUAGGGGAUUAGGAAUUCAUUGUGAUAUUUUUCACCUUGAAUAGUUUUAUGAUAGCUAAAGAAAAAUUCAGUAUUUUACCUCUACUUUGGCUAAGUUGUUUCACGUAUUUCUUUUCAUCUCAUAAGGCUGGAAACAGGAUACUAUAUGAGUCUAACUGAUUUUAAAAAAAUGUUUAUUAUUGUCUUCAUAAGUCAGUCAUGCCUCUGUCUUCUGAGCUUUCCUCCUCUUUCCUAUUUUUUCCUUGUUUUCUUUCAUCAUUGAUUUGUCCUUCUCUGGUGAAUUUUAGUUUCUGCACUAACCAGGUCUUAACUAAUCUAGUCUGUUCAAAAAGACCUCUGGUAUCUGUGUCAUCAUUAUAUUCUCUUCUUCUGGAUAUAACCUUUUCAGCCUUAAGUGGUUUUUCUCAGAUUUCCAAAUUCUGAGCCUGGAUUUAUAAUGACGGCAGUGUGUGUUUUUCUGCUACUGAGUCUUCUUCUAGAAGCUGACUUGGUUGGUUAACCUUCUUUCGCUUUGGUAUUUUCUAAAGGCUGUCUGGGGCAGAUUUCCUUGAGCAUUGGCACUAGAGAGCAGAUGUUCCCAGGAAACAUCUGGACACCCCAAGAUUUCUACCUCUGGCAAAAAGAUGUUAAGAUGCUUUUUUUAGACCCUGCAGCUUUAUUUUGCUGUCACCACAAGUAGCCUUCCAAAAGCCUGCUACUGAAGUCUCUCUCAGAUUUGUGUUAGGUCACCACUUUUUCUUCAAAGUAAUCCUACUGUGUCCUCCCAAAACAAAUCAUUGAAGCUUUGUUUGGUGCCACAGAAGUCAAGGUGAUAGAUGGUUAACAGAGAAAUUUGAGUUUUAUGUAUAACUUAAAACCUCCAAUCAGAGCCAAGUAAAAGAUCUUAUUCAGUUCCCUCCUGGUGAUUAUAUAUAAUUCUCUAGUUUCUCUGUGGGAUAGAUACUGUAGGAAAUUGAUUUAGUUAUCCAGAUUUUUAUUCUGUUGCUUCUUUUCCCUAAUUCCUAUUUUUCUACUUUUUUCCCCUAUUUAUGCAUAUGUAAAACCACACACACACACGCAUAUAUGCACACAUUUAUUUAUUUACAGUGGAGGCAAAAGAUAGGAGUUGGAUAAUAGAAAGUCCGUGACAUCAGUCCAUACCUAAGGUCAUGUUUUGCACCUUGCAUUUAUUUCUAUUGAAGAUAACACAGAAUGUUAACUUACUGGAGGAUCUGCCUGAUUAUUUAUUAAGUGCUCAGUUUAUACUUAAAGAAGUAAAAGAAAUUGACCCAGGGGCCAGGGGUUUAGCUCAGUGGCGUAAGUGCCUGCUUGGCAAACUUGAGGUCAUGAGUUCGAUCCCCGGUACAAAAACAAAAAUAAAAAGAAAUUGACCCUUUGUGUGUAUCUCAGUUGGGUAUUAUUUUCUCAAAUUGAUGCAAUUUUACUUUUGUUUUAUCAUCAUGGUGAUUUAUUGAUAGCUCCUACUCUUAUAUCUGAAAUUAUGCUAAUCAGAUACCAGUAAUAGUAAUACAUGUUUUCCUUUUUUUUGGUACCAGGGAUCAAACUCAUGACCUCACACUUACCAGGCAAGUGCUUGAGCCACUGAGCUAAAUCCCCCACCUCUAAAUGUUUUCCUUUUUUUAAGCAAUUAACUUAUAAUAGUAGUUGUAUGUAACUGAAGAUCCUAGUUAAUAUGUAUGUUGGACAUAUCUCUUUGCUUUCUAAUAUCCAUUCCUACUUUGUCUUUACAACCGAACUCCAACUUUCAAUUGGGUACAUUGAUUCUCAAUUGAAAUAUCACAUUUAUUAGAUUUCCUGACAUUUUCUUUGACCAUAUCAGAUGUAAAUGAAGGUGUUAUGUUCUACACUUGGGAGAUCUUUUUUUUUUUUUUUUUUAUUUUAAGGGGGGUAAAAUUAAACACAACAAAACAGAACAAAAUAGGACAUAAGAAAGCAAUGUAAGAGAUAUAAAUUUCAAAGCUAGAUGAUUUGAGAUCUUCACUAUCUAUCAUAUUGUCUCUUGUUUUCUUCCAAAUAGUUGUCCAUGUCUUUGCAUACGGAGAAUUCAUACAAAAGAACAUAGUAUAAAACUGAUCCGAACAGAAUAAGGAAGGCGAUUUAGGUCUUCAAAACCAAACAGUAGGGAAGUCAUUAAUGGCUAUUGUAGUAUUGUAGUAGUCAUUAAUGGCUAUUGUUCUCUUCAAAAUAGCUGUCCAUACUUUCAUGUAUACUGAAGUUCAACAAAACAAAAUAGGCACAGAGGUUGAGGGGUCGGGGGUGGGUAGGGAUUGCUUGGUUUCCUGGUUCUCCAGGUCUCAGCCUGGCGCAGGUCCCAGUAAACACUGGUGGCUCCCAUCUUGGGCUGCUGCAGCCUGCCAUGCUCACAGCCACUCAUCAGGGCGGAGAGGGGUUGCUUCAGGCUGUUUCUUUCUAAUGAAUUGACCAUUUCACUGCCCAAGUUCUGAAAUGGCCAACAGACCAUAGAAAGACAUCUUUUUAGGCUCCUGCUUGAAACCAACAGCAUCAGGAAGCUGCAGGCCUUGAUCAGGGCCAAAUCAGGAGGUCUUCUUAAAAGGAGUGGUGGCAACCUGCAUUUCCAUUCUUCUUCCAGCUUUCUGGAAUGUUUAUUACAUGACUAGAGCUCUGAGAACAUUGCUGGGCCUUUAGACAGUACCAGUGAUGGUAGACCAGAAAGCAUUGGGCCUUAGGUCCUUAUGAGUCUGCAGCUGCCAAUACUGGCCCUAUUGUCUGCCUUCUUUUUCAUGACACAAAAAGUAACAUUUCUUAUGUAAGCUCUCACUAUUUGGUGUGUUUGCAUGAAGCUGAAAGUUCAGUACAGUUCAUGUAAAUAUGUAAGGUGUCAUUUUUGAGUAAUAGAAUAUAAUAAAGUAUAGUUAACACUGGAAAUACACUGAAUGUAAUUUAAAAUAUGAUAUGUAUUAGGUACUUAUAUUGCUAAAUUAUUUGGGUUUAUUAUACCUUCCCCCUCUCUUUUUGAUGAUAGAAAUUGAACACAGAACCAUCAUACUGGGCUACAGUCCUAGCCAUUUUUUUUUUUAGGUUAAUUACUUUUUUAGUUAAUUACUUGCACACUUGCUAAUUAUCCAGGGUUGAAUGCGCCAUCCUCCUGCUGCAGCCUCCCAGAUGCUGGGAUCACAACAUGUACCACCAUGUCCGACUCUGUUAUGACUUAAUAAUGUGUGGUACUAUAAAAAACUCUCAGUUGUUUUGAAUUUUCUCAUUUUUUGGAUUCUUUAGAAAUGCAGAUUAAUAUUGAGAAAUAGUUAUGUAGCUGUAGUUCUCUUACUAAUGUGUACAAAACUCUAUAUGCCUAUGGAAAGUUUUGGAGACAUUCUCUCCAGAAUCUGUUUUGCUAAUGCAUUCCAGCACUGGUAUUGUGCUUCUUUCGUUUUUUGUAUAUUGGUAAUAUAAAUGUGUGGAUUAAAAUGUGAUUGUCAAUAUGUCUUAUAAUCUUUAUACAUCUUUGGUGAUAGACUGUAAAAAUAAAAAGAUCUGAGUUUUUGUUGUCUUUGAAUUUUCAUUGUAUUUUUCUGAUAAUAUUUUUGAAUUGUGGUAUUGUAAACAAUAUAACAUUUUUAAUCAUUGGAAAUAUACGGUUCACUGUCUUUAGUUACAGUCACAUUUGUAUAUAAUCUUCAUUGCUACCUUCUCUAAAAGUUUUUAUCUUUCCUAAUUGAAACUGUGUCCACCCCCGUUCCUCCCCCCUAUCAUUGGCAGCCACCAUUCCACUUUCUGUGCAGGCAUUGUCUGCUCUAGAAUUUUCAUAGAAGUGAGAUCAUACAAUGCUUGUCUUUUUGGGACUGCCUUAUUUCCCUUAAUAUAAUUCUUUUGUCUUCAUAGGAAAUAACUUAAUGACAACUGAAUUAUUAUUGCAUAGGUUUGUCUGUCAUAUGUUCCUAUGAAAAUUUCCAUCUGUCAUGGCAGUUAGAGUUUAUUAGAUGUUAGAGUAGAUGGUACUAUGAUAAAAUAGAAUUUAGGAGUUCUUACUUAUGAAAUAUAGCACAAGAAGGAAGUUACAUUAUCUUUGUUAUCAUAAAGGUAACUAAAACACAACAUAAGGAAUUUCUUUUAACUGUAGACUUAACAUGAGUAUAUUGAGUAUAUUAAUAACCUAGUGAGUUCUCCAUCAUCCUGUAGAACAAUAUAAAUAUCACAUUGCAAUGUAACAUUUAUUUUCAAAAUAUUUUUUGUAUCUGUAAUCAUGUAUUAGAAAUAGAGGAAAUGUGGUUUUGCAAUAAAGUAUUGAAAUUUUCAAGUUGAGCAAUUGUCCUACUUGAUUUGUGUAUUCUAUUUGUGUAGCAAAUAGUGAAUGAUUUUUCUUUCUCAGAUAUAUAGAUUUAGGGGAUUGAUCGAUAAUCCCUAAGAAGGUAUUAAGAUAAUGAUGUUGAUUUUUUUUUUUUUUUACCUUGGGAAAUAUAUUGAUGAUGCUAUGAUUCCAGAAAUAACUUUUUUGUCUUUGACAUUUUUAAAACCUUAUGUCACUUCUUUUUCCACAUUUGUCUCGGAGACACUUUAUAGAAUCCCGCUUUUUAAUAUCUUUCUGACAGAUUGGUAUCUAAGGUUCCUAAAAUCUCAGUUAAGAGAAAUAGAAUAGGGAAUUGGCAUAAUAGGAGGCAAGCAACUGUGUUUACAAGUUUCAGAUAUUGUCCCACAAUUUCGCUGUAACCCUUCAGCUGACAAUUAAAAUCUUUGUUUUAUCAGUCAUCACCCAGCCCUAACAGAUGGGUAAAGAAUUAAUCUGAUUUGUAUUUUUCUCUACAACUUUCUCCUCCACAUGUAAUAUCCUGUGAUUAACAUUCAGUGAGUUCUUAAAGAUGAUUGAUGGGCCUUAAAGGUAUACUAUAUACAAUCCUAUUUAAAUUAUGCUAGACUAAAACCAUGGAACACAGGACCUUGAAGACCCCUGUAGAAAUUUGAAGACAAUUUUGAUACUCUCGUCCACUCAAAAAGAAAUCUGUGAAUACUGCAAUGUUUUUUCCCUUGCCAGGACCCUCCUUGCCUGGUGUCAUUUCUUGAGCUCUCCUGGGAGGAGAUUAGUCUAAAACAACAAAGUAGCCAGAUGUCUGGUUCAGAGACAGUCCCAGAGGCUGAGCUACAGUAGGCGACAGAAAUCGCGUGGGGCUGAAGAUCAAAGAUACCUGAGAAUUACUUAUGGGCACAUAGUAUGUGUCAUUCCCAUUAUUAGCAGUCUGAGAAAAUUUGUUUCCCUAAUUAACCCUUUUGUUGGAGUAACCUUAAAUUUUAGUGAAUUUAUUUCUGUUUUGAUAUAUUUUCUUUUGUGCAGUUUUGAAACAUGCAUGGUUCAAAAAAGGGAAAUGGAAAAGGAACUCAUGUGCUGGAUUGAGAUCUUUGAGCUCUAAUUCUUAUCCCAAAUAGAUAUGGUAUCAAAUGUGUCACCAUUUAUUAUAAAGGAAGGGAGCUUUUGGUUCUAAGUUAAAAUUAUAAAUCAGUGGCUAGGAACUGCCUGGUGUAUGUGUACAAAACCUGUUAUUAAGUUGCUAAUCCUUACUUUUUAAGCACUACUAUUUAACUGCUUUAGAGUGAAGGUUUUUAGAUUAUGACUUCCUGGUUUUAAAAUGAAUUCAAAAUAAAUCCCAGUGGUGGGCUAUUAUACCUUAUUAAUAGUAGAACUCAUUUUUCUCCAUAUUGGCAUUACUAAUUAAGUGCUAAUUAAAAAAAUUCUCAUUAUCCCUUACCUGUUUGCUUUAUUGGUUUAUGUUGUUUAGAUAGGUACAGAUUUGGAAGAUAUGAAUAAAUGUGUUUUAGGUUAUCCUUAAUUCUAGAGCCUCUAAAAGCUUUUAGCUGAAUUUAUUCCAACUAUAACUUUUGAUGUCUUAGUAUCUUGAUGAGACUGUCCCAAGGUAGAAUAAAAGAUUUUGGUUGAUCUUGCUACUUGUUUUUGUUUCUGUUUAACAGUAUCAUGUAACAACAGAAGCAUGUAAAAGCCUCAUUUCUGCUUUCCUUAAGAUAUAAUCAUAAACCAUUGUUAUCAAGAACAUGAUUAAGCUAGCUUUAAUGCUUUAAAGUGCAACAAUGCAUUCUUUAACAUCUAGUAAGAUAAACUUGGCAUACAAGCUGUAAAAAUGUCUUUAAAUCUAAUUGCAGAUAUGUGUUAGCAAUUUGGUGCAGAGAUUUUAUGUUCUUUGUGUAGUGGUCAAGGGUUCUGUAAACUCCUUCAGGAAAAUAAAGCUCCUAGGAGCAGUUUUAUAAGGAUUAAUUGAUUUAUCUCUGUUUUUGGAUUUAAUUAUUGAACCAAGAUUAAAAUCAGCGUUUUGCACAAAGAACCAGAGAGGCAAUUGUAUGUUUUUUUUUUUUUUUUUCCAGAGCAGAAUUUAUUGUUAUUUGAUGAAGGAGAACGUGUGUUUUCUGGCUGUCUACCUGUGUUUUCUCUCUGUGUCUACUGGCUCCCCUCAUGGUGAACAUCGUGGGUCUUUGGUUGAGUCGGCUUAAAGCCAUUGUACCAUGAAUGUCUCUAAGCCCCAAUUAGUGGAUUAUCUUAAGCAAGUAAUAUUUAUGGUCAUAAAACAUCUGCAGGUACCACGGUGUCGUCAGUUCCUUAAUAGCUGAUUGCAUCCAGGUUUGCUCUGAGAGACGGUUCCUGCACUGUGGUUUCAUGGAUGAUGCCACAUUCAUAGUGUCCUGGCUCAAGGAGCUGUUGUUUCCCCUCUUUAGGGAACUCCCUGGGGAACCCCUUUGUGCCUCUCCCUAUCCCACCCCAGCACCCCCCCCACACACACACACACAGUACACAGUUUAGAUGAGCAUUUGCUAACAGAGAGGACCAAAGGUUACUUCUUUUUGUUUUCCAGAAGCUGCCAAUACAGUACCGCUAUCUGUGUGCCUCUUAAUAUUUGGGUUGUUUUACUGGCCAUUGGUUCUUUCUCGCUCGCUCUCUCCCCUGUCUCCCUCUCUGUCUCUGUCUCUCUCUCCAUCUCUCUCCCUCCCUCCCUCCCUCCUUCUCCUCUCCUCUCUUCUCCUCUCAUCACUCCAUUUACCUCUUGGGCCAUUACUGCCUGUGAUGUCUCUUUGACACCACUGUGUAAUGAAGUGUUUAUGUAUUUAAAUAAAUAGACAUCAGAUUUAAAGAGUUGAAGCCUAAAAUAAAAAAAUUUUUUAGAAAAAGAGUUGAAGCCUAUUAUUUUCCUUGGUUUCUUUUUUGUUUCUUUUUCUUUUAAAACUGGGGAUGGAACCCAAGGCAUUAUGCCUGUGAAGCAGACACUGUAUUGCUGAGCUAUAUACACAGCCCUUUUAAAAAUUUUAUUUUGACACAAGAUCUUGCUAAAUUGCCCAGGAUGGCCUCAAACUUGGGAUCCUCCUGUCUCAGCCUCCCAACUACAGACAUGUGCCACCAUUCCAGGCUGUCAGCCUCUUUUUAAAACUCUUUCAGGGCCAGGGAUAUAACUCUUUUUAGGGCAGCAUAAGCACCUGCCUGGCAAGUACAAGGUCCUGAGUUUGAUUCCUGGUACCAAAAAACAAAAACAAAAACUCCUUUAGUAAUUUAAUAUGUAAUGCUUUAGUACCUAAAUGGGUUUUGAGAUAAUAAGCUAUUAAAUUUUUGUAAUAGAAUUCUGUAAUAUAUAAAAUGCUUGAUAUAUAAAUCAAAUUGGUUUGUUACGAUGUAGUUAUUUAAUAUGCAUUUUAUUGAGAUAAUAAGCUAUUAAAUUUUUGUAAUAGACUUCUGUAAUAUAUUAAAUUUUUGAAAUAUAAAUCAAGUUGGUUUUGUUAGAAUGUGAUUAUUUAAUAUGCAUUUUACUUUCUCACAAAUUUGAAAGCUUUGCUAGGCAAUGUUGCUCAUGCUUGUAAUCCUAGAAUUUGGGAGGCCGAGGCAGGAGGAUUGCAUGAGUUCUAUGCCAUCUUGAACUACAUAGUGAAAAACCUGUCUUAAAAAAAAAAAGAAAAAAAAGCUUCAAGAUUGAACAUACAGUCUUAAAAUUUUCCCAUUUCAUCUGUAAUGGACUAAAAGGAUUUUUUGAAUAGCUGAUUUAUUUACUUUUCCACUUAAUGGAUAUAUUUCUCUAGUUUUAAAGUAGUCAUAUGUAUCCUCUCAGGAGCUUUGGAGCAAUAGUAUUGGAUGGUCUGCUCCUGUUUAGAGUGGUGAUCCUUGACUCCUGAGAGGCCAAACUGGCCCUGUAGUAAGAUCAGGUCUCGGCAGGUGGCAGGGUCUUCUCUCCACCGCCAGUGUGCCGCUCAGAUGGUCAGUCCUAGAAGAGAAAUUAUGCUUUGUGUAUAAAAACGAUCAGCUCUUGAGUCCUUGUGACGUUGAACUCUGUUGCUAAAUAAUGAACAACUUUUUUAAAAAGAAGUCAUAGAAAAUUAAUUGUUAUCUUUACUCGGCAACCCGGUAUGAGCAAUUGAGAGAAAAUAAAUGUUUUAACUGGACUGUUUUACCUUUUUGUCAAGUAAUAUUUAUAUGAUUAACUAUGAAAUGAAACUACAGCCCAUGGAUAAUCAGAUACCUAGGAAUAACGUUUGGGAGCCUGGGUUUCCUGAAAACAGGAGGCACAGUUAUUGUAGCCUGGGGAUUUUGCCUGGGGUAAAAUGUGUGUGCCUCAACAGCUGAAGGGCUAUUCAGAAGGAAACAAAGUAAGAUGGCAUCUAUUUCAACGUGUAAUUUUGGUAUUUCAUACUUAAUUUUAUCCUUGGCAGAAAUGUCAAAAUAUACUACCUGCAAACCAAUCUGAAGGCACAUCGAUACCAAAUUUAACUAGGUAGAUAAAGUCCUUGAGAAUCAAAUAGUUCUCACUGGGAAGAGGAGGGACCCUUCUAGGUAAUUCCCUGGAGGGAAGGGAGCGCUUUGGUAGAAUCAAGAGGAAUAUGUGGUCUAUUUCAAAUAGAGGAAACCACUGGAAAAAAACCACUCAAGAAACUACUGGAAGGGUUGGGAACAAAUUUUAAAACUGGUACAUCAUGCUUAAACAUAAAUAUGAUGUCUUUCACAGUAUGUUCUUUUUGAAUUUACUCCUACUUAAAAUUUUAAAUAACACUUUCCUUCAUUUAUGUUGUUUUGUGUGUUUUUUUAAAAAAAAAAUCUUUCAACUCAUCCGAAGUUUGCUAAUGCUAGAUAUGAUACAGUUCUCUCUUUAUUGCCUUUUCUACCACUCUUUAGAGACCAAAUUACUUCAGCUGCAUGAAGUUGCUACUUAAAUUUAAAUCAAAUUCUUGUUAAUGGACUCACUGACUUUCUAUUUUAUAUGUAUACUUUUCUUUUGUUUACCCUAGAGAGGAAGUGUACUCCUUUACAGAAUUAAAAUCUAGACCACCAGACCACUAUUUAUCCUACUAUCACCACAUAGCUGCUGCUUAUUAUUUUUUAAUCAAAAAUCAAGUUCCUAAGUUUAAUGGUUUCAAAGAUCUAUUACAUUUUGUCUGAAUGUAAGAAUUUAUAAAGAAUAAAGAGAAUCUGGAAUCCCCAAAAGAUCAAGAACAUUAAUAUUUAUAAUAGUUUAGUAUUUUAUAUUUAUACUUCCAUUGACAUAUAUUGUUUAGAGAUUAUUAAAUAACUUAAGUUUUAUUCAGAGAACAAAAGCAUUUUUCUUGGAUUUUUUUUCUCUUUAAUUUGAAUUAUCCUCAGGUGUUUGACAAAGAGCAAGCAGAUUUCUGUAUGUUAGAGAGUAUUUAUUUACCUUUUAUAAAACCCUGUCGGGUAUGAUGAAACUGGUCAGUGGUCAGUGUCAUCUGUUAAUAAAAACUGGUAACGCUAGGUACCAUUGGUAACUGCCAGUGAAAAUCAGUGCCAUGUGUGGACAUGACCCUUGGUACUUAAUUCUUACCUAUUAGAGUGUACAUAAAAUCUAUCAGCUUGGUUAACUUAAAUAAUAGUGUUAGUUCCUUAACAUUUAAAAUUCAUAGAAAUCUUAGAUAAAUGUAUUUUCGUUUAAAUGGAGGAUUCAUUUUUUAUUAAAAUACCCAUAAAAAAAACCAAACAAAAUGCAGCAUUCCUAGAGACUCAUUUUUGUUUAGAAAUACUUGAUCAGUAGAAAUUAUUUCCCUGGUCAUGUUGAUAGUAUCCUGCUCCUUUAAAUAGUGUUUUCUCUUUCUUUCUCUUUCUUUCAUUUGAAUACUCCUAUAACAGUUUUCUCUUAUUAAAUUAAAUGUCAGAUUAAGUGCCUUCUUUCCAACCUUUUAAUAGGAAUAUUUUAAGGAAUGAGACUGCUGUGCUUAAUUCUACUGAAGUGAAUUAUACUGUCAAAUGUCUGCUAAGGUGUUUGGAGGAUCAUCUUGUGUAAUAUGCAGUAAAUGUACCUUUUGAGUUGACUACAACCCUUGGCUUUUCCUUACAUAUUGUGCCAUGGAAGGGACUAAAUAAAAGACUCUUGGAACUGAGCAACAUUAAAAUGAAGCCUGCCUUUCCUACAUGCAAACAGUAAAAGGCAAACUUAGAGCUGACUUGACUUUUUUUCCUUUUUGAGCAGUCUUCAAUAAUAAUUUGAGAUUUGAAACAUAAUUUGAUUGUAUCUUUUGUGAUUUUUCUACUUCAGCUAAUUGUAGUGGUCCAGCUUCACACUAAGUUCAGGUCAGGAUGCAGAAAGACUCAUGUUUUAUGGAAACCUGAGUAUAUACUUGGAUUAGAAAGAAGACAGUGAUGUAGGGUUUACCUCCUGUUAGUCCCCUUGAGGAAAUGAUGACUGCCAUCCGGGCCUCUGGUUACCUCUAGUCCUUUGCAUUGAUAGAAAGAAUCUUGAGACAACUGGUGACCAAGCAGUUAGCUUUUUUUUUUUUAACCAACUUGGGCUUUUGUAUUAGAAAUUCACAUUUCAGUCUCAUUCCUGCUUACUACAGCAGAAUAGCUUUUAAACUCGACUUUAAAAAGUUUAAAGGCAAUAAGUCAAUCUCUUAGAAACAGUGCAGAGAUGUAGAUUCAAAUCAUAAAUAAGGAAAUGCAUGGGGUACAUUAAACAGACAUAGGAAAAUGGAUUUCUGUCUUUUGUAGGAAGGUAAUUGGGCACCACUGCUUGGCAGGAGCUGGUGCUAUUGAGCCAGCUAUAGCUGCCACAGGUUGAUGGGCAGGUGAUAAGGCAGCUUCCACCGAGGUCUGCACAGGAGGCCUACCUAAUAUGCUGUCUGCCCUAAGGGCCUAUGGGAACACAGUUGGAUUAUUAUGUUAAUGCAUGAGCCCGCUGCCCUCUUCCUAUCCCAGCUGGGUUCCCUGUUGUUAGGAACUGCUUUGCACUGACAGUGGAGUAAUAUGCUUCAUGAUUGAAAGGGCAAAGGGGCUUGAAAGAAAAAAAGAAAAGAAAAGAAAAAAGAAUAGGCCUGUACAGAUAUGUAAAUGAGAAAAGGAAAUCUGUAGGAAGAUUUCAUUCUAAGUACAGAGAAAAAGUUUACUAGAAAGUUCAUCUCACAGUGCUGCAUAAAACCACUCAUUUCUUAAUUAAUUUCUGGGCUUUGUUGUCCUUUUAUAUUAACACUACUUGAAAGUGUUUUUUAUGUACACUACUUGGAAGUGGUUUCCAAAAUAGGGACUAGCAUUGAUUUGUUUUAAACCAAGAUGAGUGAACGCAUUGAUACACAGGUGUAUAUAGUGGUGCAUUUUUUUGGAAUUUCAUUACUCUUUAAUAGUUGUCCCUUGGUAUCCCACUAUAUUUUAUAGAAAAGCUUCUUUUUAGAUGCUGAAGAAUAUUUAUUUUGUUUAGGAUAUCAGUUUGUUUCUCUUUUAUUUUGGACAUGAGUUUAGCAAAUUGCGUGAACUUACCUUUUGGGAAAAGAUAUUUGUCUUUGGGAGGUGAGAAAAUGGUUGAUGGGAAAUAAGAAUAUUUCCAUGAGUUUAUGACUUUGAGAUGUGGUAGUUCCAAUACUUUGUGUUUGCUGAAGUUUUAAAUGUUGACACCUUAACCUUAGUGAAGAGUAUGGGUUUGCUGCCUACAAAUCUGUUCAAAUUCUGAUGCUUCUGAUUAAUUAACUGAUUUUCCAUAAAUUACUCCUUAUUUAUUUUGGCUGUAAAAUGGGUUGAAUAUAAUUUAUAAAAGAAGAUAAUGAACAAAAAUCAUUUAAUCUGUCACAGAGUGAGUGCUUAUUACAAGCUUGCCAGAAGAUGAUACCUGAUUGCCACUCAUUGUGUUUAGUUCUAAGACCAUUGUUUUAAUAUGUGUGGUUGUAGGCUUUCAAUUGAAAGUAUACCCCUCUUUUUUUAGUGCCAGCAACCCUCACCAACUAGGAAUGACAUGAAAAAUUAAUUUAGAUAGACACAAUUCAACCUAAAAGGACUUAAAGACUCCUCAAAUAAAAUGGCAGGAUAUGUUCCUUAAUAGUUCUAUAAGAUGUGGAUAGCAUAUGUAGUGAGUUAAGUAAAUCGUAUUAGAGUAAAAGACAGUUUGCCAUCCAUACUCCGUCAUCCUUUGAGCACCUCAUCCCAUCAUUCUCGCCACUCUCUGAAGCAGUUCUAAAGUCCUUUUUUGUGAGUUACCUUUGCAAAGUGUGGUCAAAAAUACAGUGAAUGCAGCUGUUGAGUGCCAUGCAGUGCACAUGCGUGUUCUGAAAACACUGUGAUUAGCCUCUCCCACCUAUUUACCGUACCUAGCACUGUGAAACGUCUGGCUCUUCCUCAAAGUCUAAAUGACUGAAAGGCGAACAUUUGAGUGGCCUCAUCUCAAUGACAUACUUCCCAACCUGCUAGAUGUCAGGUAUGUCAAGUUUGUGUUUCCCAGAAUCAGAGAAUGAAUUUUAAUGAACAGUGGAGAUUAAGAGUAGAAAAGAUUUAUUGAGAAAUAGCUCCUGAAAGAGAGGAGGGUUCCUGAAAGUGGGUUACCCCUGAGGCCUUUGAUCAGGGGUAGUGUAUGCAGCGAAGUAAAAAGUGUGGGUACAACGUGGGUCAAACUGUAAUCAACCUGUAGGAUUACAAGUAUAGAUGUUUAGAUGGUCCAGGAGGAAGUUGUGUUUCAAGGGUACAUGAAAGAGCAAAGACAUUUUGGGGAAAGGACUGGAAUUGUAACUUCAAAUGACAAUAAAUGGUUGGGCACUAUUUCAUGUUCUAUCCUUAAUUAAUACUGUGCCUUUGGAAUAAAGUAUAUCUGCAGACAGUGCCUGGCAAACACUGCAGAUUGAGAAGUUACUCCUAUCAAGCUGUUUCCACAGCCCACACCAGCCUGCAUUCAUAGUGCUGUGUAGAUUUACAGUAAGAAGGAAUUUCACAGAGAUGCUCAAGAUCAGCAAAUGCAGGAAUUUGGGAGCUGGUGCGGACUCCGUAGGCUAGCAGUAUGGUUACUUCACAUCUGAUUAAAAUGAAUACACAGGACUGCUUUCACUAAAAAUACAACAUACAAAAUCAUUUUAAUACUCUAGUGAAAAAUUCCCUGAAGCUUGAGGUAAGUACUUGGUGUUAUAUGGAGAGAAAACUCCUUCCUGAAGGAUAAUUGAGCAUUUGACUCUAAAGGAAAAGGAAUCAGUUUUAGCUAAGCAAUCCUUCUUUGUAGCUAUAGUAAAAUCUUUCAUAACAUGUCUUUAUAUUACAUAUUUGGUUAUAUAUGGGGGCGUAUGGUAUGGGUUUAUCUACAUAUAUGCAGGUGUGUAUGUAUGUAUGUUAUAUAUAUGCAUAGAAUUUAAAUUGACAUUUAUGUUAAUGUAGGUCUGUAUAUCAGAAUCAGAAAUAGAUCUAGGAUAAUUUAAAGGGGAGUUCUAUCAAAGAGAGGAUACUCUUCAAUAGUGGUAUUUAAAAUAAUGCAUUAUUUGAACUAUACUUGUUAAGACUUUGGAGAAAAGACAUUAAAGUAAUAAGCCCAUGAAACAGGUAGAGAAGUAGUUAAAGAAUGACACUUUUUACACCCAUGUUCUUCCACAAACCAGUGCAAACCACAUGUUGCUAUUGGCUGCGUGUAGUUUUACAUCUGCCCCAAAGAUAGCCAUUGCACGUAUGAAAGUUCCUCAUUUAAUUACCUACCUGUGUGAACUUAAGAUCGAGGCAUGCUGUUUGAACUUAACGACUCACUGCUCCGCCUAGCCACCUGUCUUUCUUUUUUUAAAGUCUUAUUUAUAGAGCCUCCAUAAAGUCUUUUUUUGUGCAGUACAUCUGGUUUAUACAGUGUUGUAUUUUUAGUGAUCGUACAGUACAGUUUAUGUUGUUAUACCUUACUGUACCUCACAGUUAUGCAAAUUAAAGCAAAGUUAUCAAGUUGGCAUUUCCUUUAACCAUUUCUUUGUUCUGAAUAUUGUAAUGUACAUACUAUAUACAGUUCCUUAUUUUGUGACUGAUUCGUUUAACACCCUAGAUGCAGGAAUGAAACUUGGUCUUUAAACGAGGAGUAUCUGCAUUAAGAAGCCCAUCACGCAGUUUUAGAGGUAGUCUGACUUUAAAGGAGUUCUUCAUUUUCUUUCAACUAGCUUUGGAUUUGAUACAUGCUGUACUCCUGUGUGUGUGUGUGUGUGUGUGUGUGUGUGUGUCUGUGUGUGUCUGUGUGUGUGUGUCUUUGUGUGUGGUUUUUUUGUCUUUGAGACAGGGUCUUGCUAUGCAGUUCAGGCUGGUCUUGAACUUGCAAUAUUCCUACUUCAGCCUCCGGAGUUCUCGGAUUACAGACAUGCACCACCAUGGAUCUCUGGCUCAUGGUUUAUGGCUCAAGGCUCUCUGUGUGGGUUUUUAAGGACAGGGAUCACAUCUUAAGUUAAAACAAAACAAAUGAUUUUUCCCACUUACACUGUGGGAAUUUAACAAAUGCCUGCUGACUAAAUAUUUGGGGUAAUUUUAAUGAUAGUAUUCAAAUUCCAGUAGGAUCAGAGUUCAUAGAUCUUAGUGUCCCUGGGUUUCUCUUACCUCACACUGAUACUGCUCUCAAGGAAGCCUUCUCUAUGUGCUUUUCAGCGUCUCGGAAAAGACUGAGUUAAAUUUCCAAUUUCUCCUGCCCCUCCUGACCGCUUUCCUGUCUCCGCCACCAACCAUGCUGUGUACAUCCUUCCCUUGUUGACAUUUUUUCAGAGGGACCGGGAAAGUCAGAGCGGGCAAAAUGAUAACUCAGUUAGGAAGCACACUUCACGCCACAGAGGCUGAUUUCUGCCACAGUGUUUGGUUUCUGCCCUCUUCUGCACUGGCUGAGAUGUCCUGGUUUUGCUCCUGUCAGCUUUGCUGUUUAGGAAACGACCAACACUGAAUGAUUCUUUGAUUCCAAACCACACUCCUAAUUGUGAGGAUCCUCUGCUUUAAACAGGUUUGUUUUCUCCCCAGUGAUGACUUAAAAAAAAAAAGUUGAGUAUUUUUGUAGGCCUACUAAAAUCUAUUGAAAAUAUCAAGUUAUCAGUUUAAAAAUCAUAAUGAAUUGUAUUAUAAAAAAUAAAUACUUUGGUUUUAAAAGUCUUGCCCAUAUCCUAAUGUCCAUCAUUUCUUUCUUUCCAACUUAAAAUGUUUAUUUGUCUAAGUUUCCAGAUUUACCGGAAAUUCUGUACAUUGACUAGUGGUUCUUAGCAUUUAGUAAUAUGAUAAUGCUGAUGAUGACAUAUUUAGUUAAUGAUAGGUAAUAUUCAUUAAGUACAUAUUGUACUAAUGUUUUAUAUGAAUCAUUUAAUUCUCACAAGUUAUAUAAGUAGGUAUAAUAUUAUAUCCAUUGUUGAGACAAAGACACAGAGGUUUAAAAUGACUUAAGUAAAUUUGUCAGAGGGGUAAGCUUGCAGAUAAGCUUAAGUCCAUGGCCCUCUCCUAGCUGCAUGGCUAUUUUAGGUGGUAGACUAUCUACUGGAAUAUUCCUCUUCUUACCUCCUUCCAGUCUCUGGGUUUUUGUCUGUUUUCUGUUGCUAUAACUGAGUACCACAGACUUUGUCCAUUUAUACAGAAUUAAAGUUUAUUUAGCUAAUGGUUUAAGAGCAGGGUGCCUGCAUGCACUCAGCUUCUGAUGAGGGCAUUUUUCUUAUCUGACAGUAUGGCAGCAAGGACCAUAUGGUGACAGAGAGCGAGCCUGCCAGAGCUAGCUGCAUUUGUGGUAAACCAUUAAUCCACGAGUGGAUUGUUCCAUUUAUGAGAGCAGGGCAGUCAUGGCACAAGUACCUCCUAAAGGUCUAGCUCAUUAAAUUUGGGGAAUACAUAUAAACCAUAGCUUGUCCAUAUUGGUCCUUGUAUAGGGGCUUGUGUCACAUUAGGCUAAAUCAAAUCACAUGGAUCGUAGAUAAAUGAGAAAAAGUACGCUAAGGGACAGGAAAAACUUUUUAAAAAUUUAACAGUACUUUGCAGGGUUGACAGGUACAGAGCUUGGUGCUGACUCCCUUGACAGUGCGAGAAAAAAGCAAAAGGUCGCCUAACCAGUCCCUGUUUACUGGCCAAGUAUUGUGGCAAAUUUGUGUGAAAACAGAUUAGUUAACAGGAAACUGGCAGGAGAGAGGAAUGAAAGGCAGGACAUGAACUUGCCUCAAUUUCCUGAAACCUGGUUUUGGAGCUAACCAUCUGCUGGGUACACAAAUAGACCCUGAAGACAAGGAAAAAAAUUUACCAAGAGGAAAUUAGGGAUGGACACAUCCACCAGCUAUUUACGAUAAAGUAUGAUAAAGCCCAGCACUGUCUGAGAAAACCUCAAAGUAAACUGGCUUUCAGCAAGCUCUUACUUUUUGCAGAAAGAGUCAGAAAAGCCCCCAGAUCAACACUUCUUGCAGCUUUCUAUACAUUCUUACUCUCGGGUCUCCCACAUCCCAGCAGCCUUUUUGAGAGGAUAGUUAAACUGAAAGUGGGUGCUCGGUCCUAAGUUUUCUUCCUAAUAUUGUACCUUUGCAGAAUGAAACUAUCUUUUUACCUGAUGACUGCCUGUGUUUAAAAAGAGUCAAAUCAUGAUUUCACUACCAAUUCAUUUAAUUUUAUUUUCCCAACCACUUAACUUCUCUGAGCCUUAUAGUCUACAUCUACAAUAUGAAAUAACACCUAGCUCAUAGGUUAUUUUGAGGAUGACACAGUUUUAGUUACUUUUCUUUUGCUUCCAAGACCAAAUACCUAAUACCCAAAGUUUAGGAAGGAAAGGUUUAUUUAGCUGACAGUUUAUAGAGGUUUCAGUCCAUAAUUGGCUGGGUUCAAGGCAGGGUGGCGUCACAGAGGAGAAACAGUCCAUGGUGGUAGAAGACAGCAAAAGCAAGCAAGGGAAGGAGACAAGACGCUUUAUGACCUGUACAUUGUGUCUACUGAGUUUAGGGUAGUGCCAAUCCUAUCAGUAUAUCGAUCCAACAAUAACCUACCCUUAAUCCCAGCACCCUCAACCCCAGCUUGUACCACCAAUCAAUCUUACACUCAGGAUUCAGGCACUUCCAAAAAAGUCCUGUCUAAAACUGCAUCAGUCUUUGCGGGGACAUCUAGACACAAACCAUAACACUACUGUGUGAAAUACAGAAAGUGGUUAAUAAAGGUCAGCUUUUUCCUUCUGUUUAUAAAAUACAAGUUUGAAAGAAAAAGUUAAAUCAAGUUAAUCAUUCCAUUGUAAAUUCUUGGGUCAAGAAAAUAGAUUUUUAUCUCUUGACCUUACAGAAUUGUAUGCAACAUCUCUCACUUAAGACUUUGCAUUACUGAUCUAGGAAGAAAGAAAUGAAAUUCAGUUUGAUUAAUAAAGCCUCUUGGAAGUAAUUUUUAAACUGAUGAAGCUAGGUUAAAUGAGAGCCAAGUGGGGCCACUUCCAGGGUUUUGGAGGUGAAGCAAUUUGUUUUUAUACUUGUAUCAGUGCUUUUACUCUUUUAAAUCUCAUUUCUAGUCCCUUAGGGUCCAUAAUAGUCUUCAGUACUAUACAUUUUUAUUAAACAUCUUUUUUUUUUUGGAUUCUAAUUUGCAUUUCAGAUAAUAUAACAAAAUGUAUGUGUUUCAAAUAUUCACUGCAUAAUUGUGAUUAGAACAUGUAAUCCCUCAAAAGAUGUUAAUUGCAAUUUAAAUUCACAUUGAAUUUAAUUAAGUGAGUUGGGGAUUAGAAAGAUGUAAGGAAUAGUUAAGGGAAUACAUUUUUUAAAAGCAUCCACACUUUUUUUCUAAAAUAUGUAAACCUUUCAGCUUUCAGAUGAACAAAAUAUAUAAGAGAAGCAGAAGAAGCAGGUUAAAGAACAUCUUAGGAAAAGCUUAAGUUAUGUUGUUCACUGUUUGGAUUCUGAACUGAAGCUAAUUGUAGCUAGAGAAGGAGGGAUGGUUUGACUAAACCUUAUUUAUGUUCUCAAGAGUCUUUCAGUCCAGGUUCACUCACUUGGUGCCUGAUAAAGACCUCCGUUAAGGGCCACGGAUUUAGCUCAGCGCUUUGCAGAGAAUGCCUGGGUGCGGGGAGGGGAGAGUCCUAACAGAUCUUUCAGUCCAACUGUUAUCUACAGUCUCCUUGGCAAGGGUGUGUUUUAUGAGUAAUGAGACUUAAUAGGAACUUUGUGCACAAGCAAUUUAUAUGUAAGUUAUGCUUUUCCAUGAAGUCUCCCGUGGAUUAAUGGAAAUAAAGAAUAGCCGUGGAAAAAUGCAAAUGUCUCCCCCCUCCCAAUACAGUACUUAAAACACCCUAAAACCAGAGAUUUAAGUUUUUAAAAAGUAUUAGGCAGCCCCAUCUUGCAGGGACUGGGCAAAUGAAGUGUUUAAUGAUUUGAUUUUGGAUUAAAUUUUUCAAAAAACUAUCAGAAUACCAUUAUACCUAGACUGUUUUAUUCAUAAAUUUCCCUAGGAAUAAGUUUUAAAUCAUAGGUCAGUUCUAAGGUAAUUUAAAACACAGUUUUAAAAGCAGAUUAUUAUUUUUUAAGUUACUUCUUUAUUUUCCUAUGUUUAGAAAGUACUGGUUUACUUCAUAAACCUGUUUCGUGGUGCAGACAUCUCUGGGGCGGGGAAGACAGGGCCAGAGAGGAUAUGGAUGAGAAUAUGAACGGCGAUUUGUGUAAGUUACCAGCUGACUGUUUAAUACUUUGUGGGUUAGGGUAUUAAUAGAUAAUUUUUUUAAAAAAACUUCAAAAGUCCUAAAAUACUGCUCUUAGUGAAUUCAGAGGGAAGCACUAUCUUUGCUUUGUAAGAAAAUGAACAUUCUUAAAAAUGAAUGAUAUAUCUGAGUUUAGCGUCAUUUGACUUUUGUGCUUUCUAUCACAAGUAGUGGGUAAGGGAACACAUUGCUAUUUUUUAAGAACUUUGUUCAUUUGGUGAUUUUUCUGUCCAUACACUACUUGUUUUCUCAUCUCUGUUCCAAGCUAGUCCAUGCUGUGAAGAUGAGGAAUCUGUAUCUUAUAGAAAUGUGUAGUUAAUAAAUAUUUUUAUUUCAGUCUCUCUCCCAUUUCUGUUUCUCACAUUUCAGAGUAAAAUUUAGAGGCAGCAUUUAAAAAGUUGAGAAGUUGCUCUCUCUAUUUAACUACAAGAAAGGCACGCUGCAGUUGCUGGAUUAGUUAACUAGAUCUCUAAUCAUGUUACAAAUGGUGCCUGGAAAAGGAUCUGGGGACAAGAUCCUAAGUGUUUUUCUGAUCAUACCUUAACAUCUGGGAGAAUCUGAACUUAUAUAAGAAUGCUUAGACUGCUGUUGCUACAGUGAAACCUUCUGAGAGUGUCUUCUCAUAAAAUGUUCCACCAGAAGAAAGCCUCAGGUUGUCAGAGUUAAGUUACAUGCUGUUGUUCAGCUGGGCCCCUUUAUUAAAUCAUCUCUUGGCAGUCCAUUAGUUGUAGUGCUACAGCUAUUGCAUGGCUCACUAAGCUAAUAUACCUCAGUCACCAGCAGAAGGACACGCUUAGUACAUGCGUGAAGUCGGCUCAGUGCUCCGCUGCUCGCUGACUGGUGUUUUCUUUUUGGUGUUCCUGUAUGAUUCUCAUGUCAUAUGCUUUUGAUAUCCAUAUCUAAUGCACGUAGUAUAUUAGAGUUAAAUAAAGAUCAGUGGCUUGGAGAAAAAAGAGAGUAUGGGAGCUCUUCCAUGUAAUUCUGAUGUAGCUACCAUCAGACAUUAUGGGAUCUCAAACAAGUUGAGCUGCGGGCCAACCCUUGUGUGUAAAAUGAGGAAAUUGAAGGUAUUCUCUAACAUUCUUACAUGCUUCUUUCCAUAUUACUUUGUUAUUUGUAGGAAAUAUGAAUUACAUUUUGUUGAAUGUAACACUUUGGAGUUUCUUCUUAAACCAGCUCAGCUGUGAUUUUAUAGAGCAUAAAAGAAUUGCUGUAUUCUAUGCUCUUUAAAAACUAGGAUGAAGAAAAAGAGAAGAUCCAUAUUAUUCAGAGGUAAAUGAUCUAGGAGUAAGUUCUCUUAAAGUAAACUUGCUUUUUUUUUAAAAAAAAAUCAACAUUUCAUAGUAAUUUAUGAAUAAUACAGUUAGGCUUUACUAUGAAAAAACCCAAAUUUUAAAUUAAGAAAGUGAGUUUAGUGCUGGGGAUACAGCUCAAUGGCACAGUGCCUGCCUGGGCAAGGUCCUAAGUUCAAUUCCCAGUACCAAAAAAAAAAAAGCAAGCGAGGUUAUUGGGCCUUCUUUUCACGGUAUUUUGUAGCAUAAACUUUAUGUUUAUCAUCUCAUUUAAUCUUGUCAAAACUUUUAUGAAGUUGAUAUUAUUUCCAUGUACAAUAAAUUUAGAUUUAGUGAAUUUUUGCAACUGAAUAUGGGAUCAAGUUGUUUUGCGUCCAGGUCUUCUGACUUCAUCAUUAGUGCUUUUUCUAGUAUUUCUCAAGUGCCUCUAUGAUGAUUUUAAAAUAAAACUAUUAAAUAUGAAAUCUUUAUCAUCUUUAAGUAUAAAAUAAAGAUAUCUUUUUUGAAUGUCCGAUAAGUUCAGGUAAUAUUUAAGUGUUUACAUUAUAUUAUCAUUGGAAAUACUGAGUUAAAAAACCAUGUUUACAAAUUACAAAUGUAGCGCUGAGUUCUAAUCUUUUGCAUUUGUCUACUUAGCAUUAAUGUUUUGGUGAGGCAUUUACGUUGUUGCAUAUAUUGGUAGUUCAUUCUUUUUUAUUGCUGGGUACUCUUCCAUUGUAUUAUAAUUUGUUUAUCCAUCAGCCAAUUGAUGAACAUUUGGGUAUUUUCCAUUUUGGGGCCUUUACAAAUAAAGCUGACCAUUUAAAUAGAUCUUUUUGUGUGACUGUAUGAAGAUCAGUUAUUGGGAAAUACCUAGUGGUGAGAUGAUCAGGUCAAAUGAUUAAUUAUAUACUUUUUUAUUGAUUACAACUUUUAAACAAACUGCCAAACUUUUCUAUGGUGUGAAUAUCAUUUUGUAUCCAUAACAGCAAUGUAAGAUAGUUCUAGUUGGUCCAAAUUUUCGUCAGAGGCUUACAUUGAAUCUGUAGAUCAAUAUGAAAAAAGUUUGACAUAUUUUAAUAAUUUUUACUUUAUGAUACUUUAAUAUUGAGGUCUCUAAUCUGUUAUCUCUUGAUUUAAAAUUUUUCUCAAUCUUGUGAGGAUUUUUAAGUAUAAAUUUUGUAUAAUUUGUUAGCAUUAUUGUGCAUGUCAUUAUUGCAUGGCUGGCAGUUUUCUACGGUGUUUUAAUCUGGUUUUGGUAUCAGACUAAUGCUAAUUUCAUACAAUGAUUGGAGAAUUUUUCUAUCCUUUAGUAUUUUAUGGGUAAAUUUUCACAAAAUUAAUGUUUUUUCUUUAAAUGUUUGAUAGCAUUCACCAAUGAAGCCAUUUAUUCCUGGAGAUUGCUUUUGGGAAAGAUUUUUUAAACAUACACUCAGUGUCUUUUAUAUGACAGGUUAUUUAGGUCAUUUACUCUUUUUCUGAGAGUGCUUUAAUAGGUUGUGUCUUUCAAGGAAUUUGUUUCAUGUAAGUUUUCAAAUUUGGGGGUGUAAUGUUCCUAUUAUUGUCUUCUAAAUAACCUAAAGGAUACUGUGAUGCCCACUCUAAUGUCAUCAUCAAAAGUAAAUAUAGAUAAAUGUGGCUUCAAGGCAUCUCAGGCUUGCUGCAUGUUGCUGUGUGGUAUGUGAGUUUAAAAUGAUUUUCACAUUUGUUUAAUGGUUGGAGAAAAUAAAAAAAGGAUAAAACCUCAUGACUUGAAAACUAAAAAUCAAAUUAUAGUGUCCAUAGACAGAUAAGUUUUUUUGAAACACAGACACUUACUCAUUUAUGCAUUACCCAUGGCUGCUUCUGUAUUUAACACCAAAAGGGUUGAAUGUUUGUGACCAUAUGGGCCACAAAGCGUAAUAUAUUUAUUAUGUGACUGUCAUAUAGUAAAAAAUGAUAUGCAGUCCUUGUCUAGGUUCUUGGCACAGAUUUUCAAGCCUUUGGAACUUUCUGAAUGCUUGGAAGUGUCUUUGUUGUCCUAAUUAAGUGUCCUGAGGUGGGUCCUUCAGGAUGGGGCCUGGCCUUCAGGAAAAUCACAUCUGGUGCCCCCAGGUUAGAACUUUCCCUAGGAAAAGGGAAGGGGUAGACAUUGAGUUUAGUUACUGUGAUCACCAAUUUAAUCAAUUAUGCCUACAGAAUUAGGCCCCAUGUAAAAACUCAGGACAUGGAAGCUCAUUAUUUCCUGGUUGAUAAACACAUUGAUCUCUGGCUCCAGGAAGAGAGGGCAUGGGAUCUGUUCCUUCUUUGACCUUGCCCUGUGUAUAUCCUCACGCCACACCUGACCCCUUGUCUUAUUUUUUUGCCUUACUGAGGAUCAGGGCCUUCUCACUGAGCUGUAUCCUCAGCUUCUUUUAUUUUGAUACAGAGUCUUGCUAAGUUGUCAAGUUGCCCAGGCUGGGCUCAAACUUGUGACCUUUCUGCCUCUGUCUCCCACUACUAGAAUUCUAGUCUCCCACUACAGCUGAUAUGGACCCUUGUUAACAAAAUUACAAGUGUAGCAUUUUCAGUGAGUCCUACAAAUGAUUCUACUAAUUAUUGAACUUAAGGAUCAUAGGAACUCCUGAAUUUAUAGCCAAGUUGAUCAAAAGUAUGGGUAGCCUAGGAACUCAAAGGACAGUCUUCUGGGAGAUUGAACCUUUAACUCAUGACACUAACUCCAGGUUGUUAGCAUCAGAAUUAUAGUGGGUUAUACCCAAUUUAGGUUAGACCAGUUGGAUUAAAGCUAACAGUGACCUUUUACAGGGAAAAAAAAAUCACUAAUUUUUGUUUUAAACAAUACAUACCAGUUUUAUUAAUUUGACAGAGAACCAGCUUUUGAUUUCAUGGAUUUCUUCUUGUUUCCUGUGUUUUAUUUCCUUAGUUUCUGCCCCUAUUGUUUCCUUCCGAUGCUUAUUUUGCUUUUCACUUGCUUCUUUUUUCUAAUUUCUUAUGUUUUUGGAAGUAAGCCAUCUUUCCUAUCUUCUUGCACAGUGACAUCACGUUUGUAGUUUGAAAUUGACUAUGGUAGGAGUUUUACAUCAUGCAAAUCAGCACACCUCACAAACUGUUGUUUCCUUCAGCCCCCGUCCUGACAGCCAGUUGUUAAAUGUUUACUAGCAGAAUGCUUGUAAUGGCAGCAACACAGUGCUUCUUAAAUUUUUCAGGGGUCAUAACAUGAGAAAAUGACCUCGAAUCAAAAGUUGGUGUUGGAGAUACAAAAAUUGGAUAUGCAGACAUUGUUUGUUGGUGAUUCCAUCAAAUUUUUCUUUUGAGAAAAAUGUCUUGAUUAGAUGAUCUGCAGAAGUUCAUUGCAGCUUUGUGGUUCUAUAGUAAAUUAUUUCCCAGAAGAUGGUAGGAAAGCUGUUUUUAUUGCUUAUGAAAAGCUGGUAAGAGUUACUGCUGAGGGAUUGAUCCAUUUUCCUCUUAAGAAGCUCUGAGAUUGCCAGACCUAAUGGAUGGGAAAGAGUAGAAAUAACAGAGGUAGGUAGGUAGAGUCUACGAUUUGUAAGAACCAUUAGAUACUUUGACACAAGUUGUCACUUAGGUUUUGUGGAUGCCCUUCUAAACAAAGCGUUAGGGGAAUUCUCCGGCAGUUUCUGUCCUGGUGUGAGAGCUUAUUCCAUGUGUUGGCUUUAAACAGAGCUUCCAUUAAUUGAUCAGCAAAAUGCAGUUGUAUAGCACUAGGAGGUAUUGGUAAAAGCCCGUUCUAAAGGAAAUUUUAGUUAUUUCUGGACUGCCACAACUCUUUGAUAGCACUUAAUAUUAAGGUAUUGUAAUGUCUGUCAUCUAGUCCUAAACUAUGGUUCUUAUUUUUGCGUUCUGAGUCCCUGACAAUAAAUGACUUAAGAAAUUAUAUUGAAUGAUUGAGCAGUUAGGAGUAUUUGUUUCCUUCAUGACACAAUAAGGCAACCCAGGAGAUUAAGAAAAAUUAAAUUUCGGGAUUAUUGAGAAAUUGGUCUUUUUAAGAGGAUGUAAUGUCAAGUAUUAGUACAAGCAUUUUACUCUUUGAUAUUUAGAAAAUUUAAUAAGCUAUAUAUAAGUAAGUUAUAUAUUUUUUCAAUGUAGGAGCUGGUAUCCUGGUGAUACCCAUAGUGUGUUACUCUGAGUAGUUACUGAUAAUGAAGUAAAGAAGACUCUUCAGGUAGUCUCUUCUUGUUAUUACCCUCAAUUCAGCCAAUAUUUAGUCAGACAUUGAUAGAGCACCUAAUAUGUACGUAGCUUUAUUCCAGGUUUGCCUACAGAUUAAAGAGAGAGCCUCUAGAAUUCUAAAUAAACUUAACGUCUAACAUUUAUUAUAUGCUUCCUUUUCACUGCUAAACAUAUAAUCAGUACAGAAAUCAAGGUAAAGCACAAAGGGAAGAAACAUCCAUAUCUCAUUACCCCACCGUAACCGCUGUUAGAGUUUUGGCAAUUCCUUUUUUCUAGUAUAUAUCUACAAAUGCUUGUUUAGAAUAAUAUAUGUGAACUAGGUCGCGUAUCUAAUACAUAGGGUACUGGGUUUCUCUGGAGAUAAGUUUCAUUCUGACAUUACUGCCAUGCAUCUGACUUUGGGAAAGACUCUUUGCCUUUCUGGAGUUCUCUUUCUUGAUAAAAUAGAAGAAUUUCAUUGAAAUUGAAUACUCUGAAAGUCCAAGAUGGUAGAAGGGCAAAAAUAAAAAACAUUUUCUUAAAUCCAUAUUCACCUCAAUGAUAAAUCAGAUUUAAAAGUGUGAAACUGGUAUAUAUAUUUUUCAUUAAUGUCUUUAAAUUUUGUUGUCAUUAUCCAGUAACACGAGGUAAAAAACUUUUCCAGGUAUCAGAACUUGAAUCAACUUGAAUCAAUGUAUUUAUUUCAGUUGAUAAAUAGGUUUUUAAGAAAAUGCAGAAGUAAUACCUUUAAGCUUGUUAUGCUGCUAGAAACAUGAAAUAUAGACACUACUAUUUUAAGUACAUACUAUUUUGUCAGUAAAGCAUACCAAGGAGAAAAAAAGCAGCAAUAUUACUUGAUUCUUUUUUGCACCUCAAGAAAAUUGAUUUUACUCUCUCUCCCACUCUGUGCAUAUUGUGAAAAUGUAGAUUGGUAUGCAAGAACUAUUGCAUAUUAGGCAUCGAGCCUUUAAAAGUGUUAAAAGGUGACACAUUUGUCUUAGAAGGGUCAGUUUGCACAUCAAACAAUUUUUGUUGAACAGUUAAGAUGUCCUUUUACCAUUUUGUACUAGGAAUUUUUGCAUGCAUUUUAACGGUUAUUUAAGAGUCCCCAUGUGCUUAGAAAAGAAUCUGAAUAUAUGUGCCUUUAAAAAAAAGCUUCAGCACAAUGUAGGUUACUCCAUCAAUACCAUCAAAUGACUGGGAGCCGUGGUUGGAACAAUAUGUAAAAAUACAGCUUGUGAAAGAUUUCCUUUAUUAACUGUCAUCAUUCGCAGAAUAUAUGUUCAAAUAAACGUUGUGUAAUAACUAAAUUUGAGAUUAAUAGGCCCCUUAAGAAACAGCGAAGUCAUUCAGAAUAGUCAGUGAAAAAUAGGCUGCAAGACUGUAACGUGCGCAUAUUGUCCUGCUUCUGUGCUCUCUCUGGGGUCGUUCCCAUUUAUCACUGUCGGCGGGCUCUGUUCUCAUUAAAACAUGCUCGCACAAAAGCAACUUAAUUUUCUUAAGAGGAGAGGACACCUGAUUCAAUUUAGCACCCGGAAACAGUAACUCGAAUAUAUUUUUUGCUUGCCCGAAUUGAGAUGAAUAGUUACAAAUAAGAAUAGCAACUCCAUUCACCUUAAGAUCAAGGAUAGUAAGUAAUGUUUCCAUGCUGGUAUCAAGAAAUGGACCUGUAGAAAUAGGCAGGAGAUGUAGCUUCUUCUUAGAAAAACAGCUGGAUGUUAACCAUUUAUCCUAAACUUGUGUUUCUUUCCAUUGGUGAGAUAUUUUUUGAAACAAGGAAUUGUUUCAAAUUGCCUGGUAGAGGUAAAUAAUCUUUACUAAGAUUUCUGUUGAAAAGACAUAUUCGAUUAUAGUUUUAAAAUAGCAUUCUAAUAUUUAGCCAUUGCUCUUCCAAUACAAUGAUAUGCAUAAAUGAAAGGUGCACCUUUAUUAUUAAACAUAGUGCAUAAACUCAUUUUAAUUGAUAUCCUCUCGAUAGCCUGUAGUAUUGCUAAAUAGUACUUAUGUGAUGCAAAUACAUAAAUGUAUACUUGAAAUUUCAUUUAUUACAUAGUUUUACAGUGAAAAUAGUUCUUGUGGUAACAAAACUAGCAAAAGUUGCUAAUGUGAAUAUAAUUGUCUUUGAAAACAAUGAACUUUUUUCUACUUUUCUAUAUAGCAUUUUUGAGAGUUACAAAUAAAAAUUUUUGUAUUCUGAUAUUUAAUUAAGGAUCAGGAAUUGGAAUUCAGUCUCUGAUGUUUUAAGUGUUUAUGUGUUUUUUAAGCUGAAUUUAAAAUGAAUAAAAACAUUUUGGAGUACUACUAUGCCAUAAAGUGCAUUACUAUGCACUUGUGUCAUUUGUAGAAAAAUAGAUGCACCUUAAGAGCGUAAUAUUAAAUAUAAUAAGUUACACAGAAACACACUGAAAUAUUGCAUGGCUUUAUUGUAAGAGAAGCCCAAAGUAAAUAAAUUGAAGGGCAAAUAAAAGAAAGAUAAUGAGAAACGGAGAUAGAUCUUUUGCAAGAGGGAUGAGGGCCAAGAGAUAGAAGGAGGAGGUGGGGAGGAUGGGGGGCAUGAAAGAAUAAUUAAGACGCACUGUGUGUGUGCUCCAACUCUCCAGGUGAAUGUGGCAUCAUGUACUGCACAUGUAUGAAUAAAACGUUUUUUUAAAAAAAGAAAGCAAACGAGUAUCGAGGCUGGUUCUCUGUCCUGGGAAUACAUGGUCACGUGAUGAGAGCCUCACGUGGACGAGGAACUGUUCGGGCUUUACUAUCUGACAGUGAUGACCUAGGGUCAAUUGUCAUCUCCUUGUUUUGCCUGUUUUUUCCUUAUUUUGCCAUAGGCAACGGGAGCCAGAGAUUUUGCUAAAUAAAACUUGAUAGCGCCCACUCAGAUUUUUGUCGUAGAGGGAAAACGAUUAGUCCUGAAUUAUUUUCUCCCUUCUUUGGAGUCAUGGUUGCGCCAGUUCGGCUUCAAGGAGUAGAAAAUCAGACUGAAAGUGGCAUAAACAAGCAGGGGCUUAUUUUUCUCAUAUCCGAAGAUGCCUGGAGGUCAGGCCUGCUGGCGUUUGCUGUGGCCCGAUGCUGUUACAGUGGCAUCUCCGGUGAGCCCUUGGGGCCGCAGCACAGGGGCACUGCCCUGGGCCGGAAGAGGGGGCCCUGCUGGUAGCCACCCCCGCACCCCCAGUCCCCAUCUUGCACUCCUGUUUCAUCUGUACUUUUCGUAUCCUGUUUAAAACCUGCUUGCUUUUCUGAGACGCUUCUACCUUCUAAAAGUUGUUAAGUUUGCCUUUCCCACUGAGGUCUUUGACCUGCCUGGUGCUGUUCCUGUUACGGAUGGUGAGCAAGCCCCUGGCGCCUCCUUUCCUCACUGCUUAGAAACAGCACGCGUCUUAGACCAGCUUUCUGCUGUCGUUCGCAGCGCUCUCUACAGUAAGUAAGGGCUGUUACAUAAGAAUGCACUUUGUUGUAGGUUAUCCAAAGGACCUCAAGGAGAAGUCUGGCAUUGCUUCUUUGGGGUCUCCGGAAUUCUUCAGGUCCUUGACCCAUUUUUCUAUUCUUUAGCAAUAGCUUAGGAUUCUUGACUCACACCGGGAGGGUAAGCUCAGCUCCUGUGUCCACCCUCCACGCAGUCCACGCGUUCCUUGCACCUUGCACUUCCCAUGUGCUCUUGCGGUCCUUCCGGCCGUGCCCUCUGCUUUAUGCAGGUGGCUCAGCCCAGGCCCCCGUGGUGGUACCUGGUGCUUCUUUCCUCCUGCUGCGCCUGAAGAAUCGUCUUGUGCACUUUGUCACACCUGAAAUCUGGCACCUGUUACUUUGUUUUGUUUUGCUUUAGCUCAGUUACCUACUUAACAUACUAUUUUGUCAGUGUCUUCCCAAGUCAUAUGUUUACUAAUUAGGAUUAACUUUAGGCAUUAAAUAAUCCAUCAUGCGGAGCAAUUUAAUUAAAAACUUUAAAUUCCCUCUUUCUUAAGCUAGGCCUAAUCUGUAUUUUUGAAGUAUAGAAACUCAUACUUUUUAGUUAGGGAACAUAUUUACAGAUAAUACUACAAAUUUUAAAAUCAGCCUUUUGAGGAGUAAGCAUGGUGUGUUUCAUUAUUUAUUUGUUUGUUUUUUUGUUUUACUGUUUUUGCCUUUCCUCCCUCUGACCUCUGUAGACUCAAGGUGGGAUGUGCACGGGGAUGGGAGUGGGGCAGCUGUGUCUUACUGGUGCUGCUGUAGUAGGGGCCUCAGUGUCCUCUGUCACACACAUGUCCAGUGCUUACUCCAUGUUGCGGUUUGGGUGUUGAAAGUUUCCCAAUGGCCCAUAUGCUAAAUGUUUUCCCUACCCUGAGGCAAGGUUUGGAGGGGAUGGAGCCUUUAGGAGGUGGGGCUCAAUGGAGGGGAGCUAGGUUGUUAGGGGUGUGCCUUGGGGGGGGGAUACUGGGCCCCCAACCCCUUUUUUGCUUUCUUCUUGCUUCCUGUCUACCCUGACAUAAGUAGCUUUUCUCCACCACAUGCUUCUCACUAUGGUGUUUAACCUCAUCACAGGCGGUGAUACUAACUCACCAUGAGUUUAAACCUCUGAAACUGUGAGCUACACCAAAUGUUUUCUUCUCUCAAGUUGUUUAUGUCUGAUGUUUUGUCACAGUGGUGGAAACCUAACUGUCACACUCUCUUUGCUAGGGCUAGGGGAGAGUGUUCUUUAGAGUAUACUGUGAGCCCCUGCCCCACAUCACAUCCUGUUAGCCUCUUAUUGCUGGGUUUGGUCUCUCAAAAACAAAUGAAGUUCUAAUGCAGUCCACUGAGGCAUCUUCUUGGUUCAUAUGGAAUUAGUUGAACCUUGCCUCGUUUUUGUCCAAAUCUUCCCUUCCUCUUUGCCCUACCUUUGUGGUCCCUUUGAAUCAGCCUCCCAUUUUUGCUAUUUCGGGUCACUGCAUACCUAUCUGUCAUUCACAGUCCUUACACAUGCCUAUUCUCCCUGCCACCCUGUUCUAAGGAAGGUAUCAGUAUGUUUUAAGCAGGCUUAUAGCAUGUACCCCUGCUCCCGUCACAGCCCAGCAUGGAAUUUUUCCUUCAGUAAAGCAUUUGCAUGAGGCAGCAUUACAAUUCUUGCUUCUCUGCAGUUUCUCCUAUCUUCAUUGUACAGACGGGAGGGUGAGUGUGAGUGUGUUCCCUGGCCCAAUUUGGUGUCUUUUUGUAAGUACUGGGAGGCAUUUGCCACACAUUCUCCUUAGAAAUUCAGAGAUAACCAUAAAUAUCCAAUUUUAAUAAUUUGAUAGACAUUUCUUUGUGAUUUAACUGCAAAUUGGGUUUUUCAACUGCAAAAACCAGUAGAUUAGUAAAUUAGCCUGCAAUAAAUUAUUCAGACCUAAUAUAAACAAUGGGUUUUUUAAACUGAGACAUUGGGUCAGCAUUAAGAAAAUGUUUGAUAUAGUUUUAUAUGACUUGAUAGAUUAAAGCAGUAGUUGUACUUACAUUUGAAAUACACUUUAACAGGGGAUUAGGAUACUUGUGUUACUGUGGCGUGGAGAACAUGGUCAGGGUGCAGCAUUUACCGGGAGUCCCCCCAAAUGUCUGGCUUAUGGUGAGGAAGAACUUCAUAAUAUUUGAUGCCAUUCAGCAAUGGAAAUGAUUGAUCUUUGAGUUAGAAAAUUUUCCAUCCUCACUGUUUCCAGGUUUUUAAAAAAAUUUACCUUAUAAUUUUAAAUAAUUGCAAGUAGGUUAUGAAAAAACUAAUUUACUAUUGAACUUGCUCAAUUUCCCCAAGUAAUUUAAUAAAGUUAUAUUAUACAAUAUAUAAUAAAGCAUUAGUAAAAUACCUUAUAUUGGGUAAAACUGGGUUGAUAGGGAAAUAUUAUCUAAAAAUACACAAUAUAAUGGAAGCAAUCAUCUCACUAUUAAAAAACUACCAUAAUAUGAAAAUUUUAAGUUAGCAUUGAUCUAAUUAUUAAAUAUAAUAAAUCUAAUUACACACCUUGUAGAUGAGAUUCCUGAGUUAAUAAUGAAGACAUUUUUGGGUAGGACAUUCAUUUAGCACAAGAAGUAUUUAUGUAUCCAUUCAUUCAUCCAUUCUUUGCUCUAGCAAUGUUUAUAAAAAGUGUACUUAUGAACCAGUGCUGCUAUAGGUACCAAGGACACAACCUAAAACAAAAUAGAAAACAUUUUUAUUGUAAUACAGCAUUCUAGGAGUUGAAUAGAUUUUAAAAUUGUUUCUAGCAAGGGAGAUAAUUACUAUGUCAGUAAGCUUUGUGUCACUUAACAAAAUAUCUUAGAAAAGCAACUUAAAAUAAGGGAAGUUUUAUUGUUUCACAAGAUUUCAGUUUUUUCACUUGAUGUUUGAUUGGCGCUGUGGCUUUGGGCUUGUGGCGCUGCAAUGCCUCAUGGAGGGAACAUGUGGCCAAAAUGAUGUUUAGCUCAUGGUGGCCAGGAAAAUGAGAGAGAGAGAGAGAGAGAGAGAGAGAGAGAGAGAGAGGCAGAGGCAGAAGAAGAAAAUGAGAAUGACAAUGAGGACAGGAAGAGAAAGAGAAAAAAGAAGAGGAAGAAGAAGUUUCCCCUAGUCACAAUAUCCCACAUCCAAAUGGUUCCACCACCUUGUAGUAGUGGCGCAGGCUGGGGACUAACCCAGGUAUGGCUUCCAGAAAGCAGAAAGGAGGAAAAGUCAUAUCCAAAGAGAAUCUGGUUUUAUAACCUUCAGAUCCUACUUUAGAACAAACUAUCUUAAUGGCUCAAGGUUAAUCUCAUUUUAUGAAGUUUGUUUUCUCUGUAGCCAAGUUUGUUUAAUACAAAAACAAUACUAGAAGUUUUGUUUUAAAAACCAAAUGUUUAUGCUGCAUUAACGCUCCCAGAAAAUGCCUGCUUGCUGUAAUGUGCCCAAAGGGUUUCUUACCCUCCAUGUUGUGUAAACCAACAAGAUACAUGAAGACAUCAUGACUAUGAAAAGUUGAAAUUCAAACUUUAAAGUUGCCUUAAAAUAUUAUUUUUACACAAAGGGAUUCGAAAGGAAAAAAGCUCAACAUUUUUAUGCCCUAAUAAUUCUUAUUAAAAUAUAAAAA